AUGCGCGCGCGGGCGAUGGCGAUCCGACGAACGGGCACCACGACGCCGGCGGCGGCCGCGACGACGUCGCGCUCGUCGCGAGUCUUGGCCGCCACCGCGGUGUUCCUCUUGCUGGUGGCCGCGGGAUACGGUCGCGAUACAGGUGCGUUUUAUUUUUUUUUUCCUGUUUUUUCCUUCUAGUACGCUCGUUGUAUCACUGGUGUUGUAAAAUAUAUAAUAAUAUUACGCCGGACGCUCACGCUAUAAAAGUAAAGUACAUUAUGUACAGGGUACGUCACGUACUUUUAAUAGCGGACAGUGUACCGUACAAUGAUAUGUCUCGCGCGGUUUUCGUCGCGAUCCGUUCAUUUAUGUACACAAUCGCGCGCGUAUCUUCUAUAUACAACAGCGUGUUUAUAGGUAUAUCGUUUUGCCGCCGUAUUCGCGUCGCCGUAGGGAUCUCUGAUUUUGAUACAAUUAUAUUAAUCAACCGGCCGACCGCGGGGUCCCUCUAUCACUUCACCCCUCCACUCCCCCUUUCAUUCUUGACUAGGUUUUUUAUUUUAUUAUUAUUAUUUCGGUCCUGUCUCCUCCUCCUCCUUCUCCGCCGUCACUCCUCGUCUUCCGUUACGGCAACCGUUACGAUACGAUUGUCGGUGUAAUACACUAGGCAGAGCCUCUGACGAUAAUUUGAAUACGCGUCCCGACAACAACAACAAUAAUAAUAAUAAUACGCGUUACGGGAUCUUGCACAAUGUUCCCGCGUUAGAAUAUUGUAUAUACCUAUCUGUGCAACGGGAAUCUCAUUGAUGCGUUUAUUCGAUUAUAUUCCAGUGGCUUUUUUAAUCUCAUCAUUUCAUUUAUUUUUGCGGCGUGUGCUCAGACCCGCACUGACCCACCCGGCAACCGGAAUGAUGCACGAUGCGUCAAAAACAACACAUUAUAAUAUUGUUACACAUAAACUUACAAUUUUGGCGAAAUAUUAAUAGAGAAAAAUACCUAGGUAUGAUCUUACGGAAAAUUCAGAAUUACCGACCGCCGCAUAAUACGUUUUCACAUAAUAUUAUUGUAUUUUACGACACAUUUUUACCGUGAAUAUUUGUUAUAAUCGAGAAAUUCCAAAACAAUAAUUAUAGCGAUCACCGUCUGCUCGUGACGGGCAAAACUUUUUAAAAUUUUUUAAGCAUACAUACACAAAUAUUAUAAUCUCCCGGUAGUAGUUUAUUUAAAACAUUUCCUUGCAUUUUCAACAGUUCAAACCUUAGAUAUUAUUUGAGUUUUUUUCUAAAAAAAAAAGUAGUACAUUACCUGAAAAAAUAUCCAGGUUCCCAACAGUUUUUUUUUACAGAAUUAAAAAAAACUAACUAAAUUUCAAUACAUUGAUUUUAUUUUUGUUGAUUUCUGAGUUAUUUCUGCUAAGAAACAAAAAAAAAAAUAUUAGAAUGAUACUAUUAAUACUACUUUGUUCGGAAACGUUUCCAAUGAUUAUCAUUGUAAGCCGUAUAAAAACUAAAAUCCCCUAUGUAUUCAACCUUCGCAACUAGUCACCAAAAACCGUGAUAUUCUAAUAACGUAUAUUUUACCCGUGAUAAUUGUCAACAUUUUUAUUUUGAAAGCAUUUUUCUUUUAUGUAGGAAUGGAUAAAAUCUUACCUUAAAUUCCUCUAAUUAAGAGGACAAAAUGAAAUAUUGUCAACUUCCUUUCGUCAUACAUGAUGUUAUUUUAUCUAUAAGAGAGAAAUUAUAGAAGUUGUUUGCUUCUGAAUAGUAGAUAGAUUACCCCCUAAAACCCCAAUGAUUUAGGCGCUUUUUUGAGAGGUGACUGCAAUCGCCCCUUAAGAGUAGCAAAUACGGGCUUUUGUGUGUAUGUGUUUUUAUAAGAUGAUUUAGUCGGGUAAGAUGAUCCAAAAUACGCGCACAGAUUUAAGUGAACACGUGUAAAGGCUAAAAGAUAUAAUACGAGUAUAAGUACGAUACAAUAAAGAUAAUUCCUCGUAAUUCGUAAACGGGUAUAUACCUAAUAAAGUUAUACAUUUCAUAAAUCGAUCGACUGAUACAUUUUGUUGUUGUAUACUUUUUAAAUGUGUUUGUUAUCAUCAGGGUUUUCUUCGCGUCGGUUAUUUAUUUUAAAACCAUAAUAGAGAAUGGAGUAAGUACCUUACAUACAUAUUAUUGUAUGAGAAUUCAAUCUGUAUACAUUUUAAAUAGCAUCUGAAUUGCAUUUCGUGUCAGUAAAAUCCUUGGGAAUCGUAAAUAUAGAGAUACCACUACGACACAAUGGUGCUAUAAUAAUGUGUGCUGCUCAAACAGAUUCUUAGGUAGAUAUCUUAUGGUUCGGUUAAUGAGCUUGACUGUUUUUGAAUCGGCGAUAACUGAAAAAUAAUUCGACAGUAAACGAUUUACGAAAAAAAAAAAUCUUCUAAUACCUAUCUACCGAUAGUUUGGUUCGACGCGUUUGAAGAUAAAUAAAUAAUUACUCGUCGAAAAAUUUGAAUAACAAACCGAAAAAACCAACAAUUUUUUUAUGAUUGUAUACUCACGUUUCAUAUGCGACGCAAAUAAUAUCGUAUCUACGAUUACCUGUUAAGUAGCCAGGCAUUAUUUUCUGAUCAUAAUAUUAUUGUUGUUUUAUUGAACCUGUAGUAGUAGUAGUAGGGGUUCUAUUAGACUGUAGUAUAUUUAUGUAGUAUUGUGCACAAAUUUAAAAUACCUAAUUUAGUUAUAUUUACUUCUUGCUCAUUAUUAUAAUAUUCAGUGUUUUUCACAAUAGAACGAAAAUUAAAUAAUGAAUUUCAUAUUUUUAAUUGUUCAUUUUUUUUGCCCGUUUCCUUUUCUAUUUUUUCACUUUUGUGUACACAGUUCUCCUAGUUAUUUGAAAAGAUCACAAUUUGCGAACACUAGAUAGGUAAUAUAGGUAUUAUAUAGCUGACUAUAGUAUAGAUAUACUAAGAGUAAUUAUUAUUGUCGAACCGGUCGUUUGAAAUCUAUUUUCAAUCGACAACUUUCUGUAAGACGACGAUUAUGAUGAAUCUCACGGUGAAAAGACGAUCGUUAACAAUAUUUAUCAUUGUUAUAUUUGACCGCGAUGAGAGAAAUCGCAGUAAACGGGUCACAUAUAAAAAUCGUGCGUAGGUACGAAGAACAUGGCACCGGUAGAAGCUUUUUUUUGGCGAGUAUUUUAGGGGCUUAGUAUUAUAAUAUACAAUCGAUUUUUCUAAAUAAUAAUUUUUUAAGACGCCGGUCGCCUGGAAAACUACGGUUUUCGGGGGAAGAGCGGCAAACGCUCUCUACCGGUGACAGGUACUUUUUCGGCCACCAUCUGGACGGACGUCCACACGAAGUUUUCAAUUCCAGUAGUUACGUGAAGACGGGUUGUCGUGUGUGUAUGUGUAGAGGGGAGGGUUGACCUUCCUGUCCGACAACGACGUGAUCGGAAGCGGUGGAGGCGAGGGAGUAACGAGGUUCCCCUCCUCCGAGAGACGUUUUACUUUUUUGCCUCUCGGCAACUGCCACGGCCUCCGUGGUGUUGUUUUCACGUGUGUGCGACGAUUUAGAUUCGACCAGAACGACGGAUUUAAAUGACGAUUAUAAACAUUUUUUUUCUUUAAAACCAGUCACUACCGUUACAGGAUUGCCGGCCAAGAAUAUUACUGGUUCGAUUUAAGUACAUGCGUAGCCGACGAGGGGGGGGAACUAUAAAAAACCAAUACAACAAUAUUAUUAGGUACCGGUUCCUAAUAAUAAUAUUAGGAAACGGUUUAGUUUUAUACCAUGUACUAGUUCCAUAGCUUUAUGGCUUCUAGCCUGCUAAAAGUUGUAAAGAAUUGUAAAAUAGUCCGCUUCAAAGUUAUUUUUCUAGGUUUACCGACACGUCCAUAAUGCUCGACUUUCUUUUCACUCUAACAACACGGGUAAGGAGAGCUGCCUAUUCAGUCACCCUUAUAGCUUUUAGUUGCCAAGGUAAAGGGGAGAGGACUCAGAAAACGUUGAUCGGACGGAAUUAAAGUAGACCCAACCGAAUAAAUAGAAAAAUAUUGUUUGUGAAGAAUGCUUUUUAGAGUUAGAGAAAAUAUUGUGUUGAUAAAGGCUAUAUUGAUGAGUCGUUAGAAUAGAGUAGAAUUAGACGAAAAAAGUCACCCGUAAGUUCAAAAAUAGAUUUUUCGCCUUCUUUAUUGUUAAUUUAGAGGACAUUGCAGUCUUUUUACCUGUUAAUUCUAAUUGUAGAGUUUAUGACAAAUUGCAUGACAUAAUAAUAUACGUACGCAAUUUAAUGUACUUGUACCGUUAUCGUUACGAGAAUACUCUCGCGAUUUUAAACGUAAUUAACAACACGACAGCAUAAUAUUAUAUUUAAAUCCAACAUGCCGUUUGUAAUUUAAUUCUUUUAUAUUACAUUAUUGGGUUUAAUAUAAUAUUAUCGAAUUAUAUUCGAUACGUCGCGAACAGACGUAUGAAAACAAACUUUAUUUAUUAUUGUUAGGAAUAAGAACUCUGUUUGGAAAGUGUAUUUUAUCGUUUUCAAAUUUGUUUUCAAAGUGUUACGCCUUAAUAAUUGACGCCACGCUGUACAGCACGUAUAAGCGGUACUUAAAAGUUGGCAGGUCACCAAAAAAAUAAUACGGAUAGGUAUUUAGAGGAAUAAAAAAUAAACGGAAAUCCGCACGAUAAUUAGAGGACCUAUAAAAUCAGAACCACGAUGAUAUUAUAGUAUAUUAUUAUUACAAUCAGUAUAUAAAGUUGGAUGUAAUAUUAUUAUUAUAUUUUCUUUCUCGAAAACUGGUUCUUAUACCGACCGACCGACCGGUUUUUUGCCAACCAAUAAUACAUCCGACGACGGCGUACUUAGGUAAGCCAUGUUUUAUUAUUAUAAAGCUACGCGCACGCGCAAUAAUUGUGACGUGCAUAUUGUACGUUUGUCGAGUGUAAAUUCGUGUUCGUGUUGGUACUUACCUAUACAAUGUACAUAUUAUUAUAUUUAUUUACAGGUAUAUAUAAAAUAUAUAAUAUAAUAUACUUACUACUUGGUAUAUUAUAUAUGUAUACUCAUUUUUCGAAACGCGUUACACCUGCAGUGCCCGAAAAACACGUACAAUAUUUCUCGCUUUUUUUUCCCCUCUAUACGAAAUAAUUGUUGACCACACAUCGUGCUGAGUAGAGAGUACGUUUGCAACCGGCUAUUUAUUUCAUUGUAAUGUGCUCCGUGCACCUACAUUUUUAUUAUACAGUUUAUCUUCCUACUGGUGGUUUUUUUUUUUUUUGAUUUUUCGACGUUUUUCAUACCUAUACACAACAGUAUAAGCAAUAUAGCACAAUAUAAUAUGUACGGAUACACUUUGGGGGUGUCUCAUACGUAGACCGGUAUGACAAUCGGAGACAACAAACAUAUUCUGACGGGGUUUAUUUUAAAAAUAGUUUUUCUCUUUCUCUUUUUGUAUACCUAUAUCGUUGUGCUUUACCCGAACAAUGGAGGGGCGUUAGUUACCUGGGACGGGCCCCGUUGUAUAAAAGAACGGUUUUUUUUUCGUGUGUUCCCACGGAUUAUAUAGGUAUACCAAUAUAAAUACCAUUGUCAUAUGUGAAAAUCAACGUUUUAUUUUCAUCCCGAGUUAUUACUAAGAUAAUAUCCCCGAUAGGUUGGUUUUCGUCAUCGUAUACCAGACAUUCUGUGCGAUAAGGAAAUCCUUUCACCGGCGCCGCCACCAGUUUGGUUAUCAGAUUAAUGGUAAUUUUAAAGUAAAACCGUGACGUCGUAACAAAAAUUAAAUCUUUUUUAUUAACCGUCACGUUCUUAUUCGUUCUGUGCUGCGCAUUUGAAUAAAACUAAAGAUAAAUAACGUGCGAUCCACGAUAGAGUUUUGAAUAAUAGAUACACUGGUACACUACUUAUUUAUCGAGUUCGAAAUAAUAUUCUCAUAUUUUAAUAUACUUAUAUCGCCGCACCGAGUAGUCUCUUUAUAUAGUUACAUUAAUAGCACCAGAUUGUGUGAUUUUGGGCAAUUGUGCUUAACAUCCAAACAGUGCAAUAAAAUGACUUACUUAUACGGGAUGUCACUAUCCCUCAUACGAAAUUUUCAGAACGUGGUGAGUUUUCUGCCAUAGAUGCUGAAUCCAACUUCGAUAAGAAAAGUAUGGUUUGGUUGUGAUACUCGUAUACACUUGUGUUGUUAGUUAAAUGGUCAAUAUUUAACAAUAAAAUAACAUUUUCUACUUUUUCACUUUAAAAAAUGUGUUUGAUAUCACAAAAUAUGACGUUAUUAUAAUCAUCGCCAAUACCAGCCCAAUUUAAUAAUUAGGUUGUGGGCUCUUCAUGCUAAACAUGAUUGCACGACGACCUAAUUCAGCCGGGGUUUCAUAAAGUUACAAACAAAUUACCAUGUUACAAAAUCAACCAGAUUUGAAUAGACGCCUCACUUUAGCAAAGAAAUUGAGUAUGUAAGGUACGGAAGUGUGUAAUACAUACCUAAUGGUUUUAAUUAAUAACAAAUACGAGUUUAAGUCACUAUUCUCUGCGUAAACAAAUUUAUAUUCUUCGAUUAUUUAAUUCAGUUGAAGAAUCUUGGAUUAAAACCAGACGGUUAUAUUCUAUCAUACCUUAUUGUAUUUUUUUUUUCAAAACAAAUACUUAUUAGUAUUUUAUAAUACCUAGUAGUAUUUUAUACUUAGAUAGAACCUAAUAGUUCUGGAUGUCUUGAUAAGUACUCUAUUAACUUUAUAGUGUAAGUUUAAUAUACGUUUCUCUUAUAACUUAUAUAAUUAUAGGAAAAAUAGAACAAAAAAACAUAGAAAUUUUCUGGUUUUAAGCCAUUUUCUUAAGAAAAAUUAAAUGUAUUCGGGUUACAGUAAGAAUAAUAUAUUAUGUAUAAAAAAAAUAUAGUCAUCACACAAGUCUCGGCGAUAUUAGGUUAUAAUAAUCAAUUCAUUUGAUUUGCAUUUGCAUAUUUUGCAGUUGUGGGAAUAAACAGCGGAUUGCGCAAUAUUGUUUAAAUAAUUAAUAUUCUAAUUAAAUAAUAAUUAUUAUUAUAUUGUGAUAUUAUUUUUAAUCAAGCUAAGUGGUUUUCGAGUUGGUUUAUUACAACGUGCAUACGGUUAUUCGUAGUGAAGUUUAAAAAAAAAAAAAAAAUUAAAAAUCAUUUAGAGGGCGUACUAGAAACAAAAACGCUAUGGAUACUAUAUGUGAUCUUCAGAAUAUAUAUAUAUAUAUUUUUAUUAAAACCCUGGGUCUAGGUUUAUUUGUAAAACAUCUAUAAUAAAUAAAAAUUAACUAUAAUACCAUUACAUUGCCUGCAAAAUUCUCAUUCAAGAAAAGGGGUCACUAGAUUUGUUUACCAAAAAUGAUCAUUAUCACUUUUAUUUUAUCAUGUCUAAAAUUGUAAUUUUGGCGUGACUCAUCCAUUUGUUUGUGCAUUUUCACGGUUUUCCAUGGAAUCAAUUAUUUUUUAUUUAAGUGUUAAUUUUAUGAUUCUAUUAAUUAUAAUUAAUAUAACUAUAGAACAUUAUGGUUUUCAGAAAAUGAUGACUAAUUUAAUAGUAAAAAAUAUUAAAAUAAAAUGUAAAAUAAAAAAACUCAGUUGUUUUUAUUGAAUAUUAUUAUUAACUUUUAUCUAUUCCUAUUCAAAAUUAUAAUAAUAAUAAUUAUUAUUAGUAUCUGUUAAUCAUCAUUUUGCUAUCGAAAUCAAAAAUGUAAGUUGAAUUUGUUUAUUUAUUAAGAUUUUCACUGGUUUACUAAUAUUAGUUUUAAUUAGUCGUAUUUUCGAAUAAGAUCAUUAAAUUAGUACUUACAUUUUAAAAAAAAUGAUUCCAUGGAAAUCUGUGAUAAAUGUAAAAAUAAAUUCUUGUGUCAUAUCAAAAUUACGAUUUUGAACAUGAUAAAUAAAAGAAUAGCAGAAUAAUGUUAAUUUUUCAAAUAAAUCUAAUGACCUCUUUUCUUUUUUUUUGCAGGAAAUUAUGUGGUAUGGUUUAUUCUUUUUUUUUUUUUUUAUAUUAUAAAUUAUGUACAGAUAAAUCCGAAAAUCCCGAGGUUUUGACAUUAGAAAAAAAUUCCAAAAAAUCUAUUCUGAAGACUACGUAAGAAGACGUAGUCUUCAGAAUAUCAGUAUCAUUUGGUUUAGUGUAACAUUUAUUUUUGGUACAACCUGUAUAUGAUUAUAUUAUUUAUAUUGAUGAGCAGGUACGUUGUAUAUGCGUUUACAAAAAUGAUAAUACCACAAAACAUGUUUUGGCGGUUAUUCGAAAAAAAAAUCUCCGGGAAGAAAAAUCUUUGGAAAUAAAUCCCCAAAACAACUAUACUACCAGUAAUAAAAAUAUUUAAAAAAAGUUUACUGAUAUAGGUACUUAAAUUGUGUUUAUAUGUAUAAAUUAUCGCCUAAUCAUUGUCAUCCGUAUGGUUUUUUAUUCUAUAGAUUACUAACGAAACAACAAACAUUCCAGAAAAAUAAUUUGUUGAAUAUAACUGUGUUAUCUACUCUCUCAAGGGAAGCCCGCAUAACUAUAAUUUUAGUUGCCAAAUAUUCCUAUGCCAUAAGCUAGAUAGCAUACAUUCUAAAAAUCAAUUGUUUAGAGCAUUAAAUCGUGGAAUUAGAAAAAUACAUUAGAUUUUUUUUGACAGUAAUAUCCAAUAAUUUACGCAAGUGAACUACUGACUGAUACGAUAUUAUAUAUUUUUUAAAUUAUUUAUUACUAUUAUUAUUUUCGACAGCUGUGUGAACAAUAUAAACUCAAACCAUUAAUGAUUAAACUAUAUUCAAUUUUUUUUAUACAUAUUAUUUUGACAGUAUAGUUGCUUUGGAGAUUUUUUUCCUGAGGAUUUUUUUCCUGGAAGUGUUUUUUGCGGGGGAUUUUUUUCCAGGAUUCGUUAUGGCAGUAUAUUACUCAUAUAUAAUACGAAUUGUUACGACUGACUGCAAAAUAGUAUUAUCAUCUUAGAAAUGAAAUUUGAAUUCCUAGUCUAUAUAGGAGUCUAUAGUAUUUUUUUGUUUGUUAACUUUUCAUUCCUAUAGCGUGCAUCAUGCAAAGGCGAACUAUUGUUCUUUUUUUCUUUCGUAUAUACGGGGGUUUAUAUAUUUAUAUAUAUUUCUUUAUGUUGUUGGAUAGUCGGUUUCUUAGCGACAGCCGGCUAGUAGACGCGUGUACAUAUCGUUGAUCGAUUCCUUGGCCCGAGGGGAACGACGACAACGCAAAAAUGCACGACGAUUAAAAAAUUACGAGUUUUCUAUAUGACUUCACUAUACUACGGGUCGUGGUAUAAGAGGUACCCCGCUCUACAGUUGCGGUUACAGUAAUAAUAUAUAAGUGGUAGGUACAUGGCAACAAUGACGAAGCCCACUAAAACGCAUUUUUAAGUAUACACAAUGUUAACUUCCUAUAUAUUAUAAUAUUAUACAUCGUGUGAUCAGCAUAAACAAUCGAGUAAACGUAUUCGUCGUGUGCAUAUAAUAUUGUGUCCGGGUUAUGUAUUUUAAAACCAUCAUCAUCGCAUUUCGGGUAAUCCUUUUCUAUUGCGCGCAGACGUGAAUAUAAUAUUUUUGCGAAUAUUUCAGUCGGUAACAAAAUCGUUUUUUUAUUUUACAUUUUUACAGGUACUCGCCGAAAUCCGAAUUCCAGUAUUCUUCAAUAAUUCUAUUAUUUUUCGGGUCCCAAAACAGGUGUAAAUUUGUAUCUACUCGUACGGUCACAGAUUAUCCGUAUACUUAUGUACUCUAAACCUAUAGUACCGUAUUGUUUGUAGUUUCUAUAUUGAAUGUUAUCUAUAUCGUGAUUUGAAUAUUUGAAGGUGACCUUUCCCCGGUUGUCUUAAUAAAGCUGCAUCACGUCUGGUGACAAAAACACGCACACACACACACACACACACACACAAAACAAAAAAACAAAUUACCAAAUUACUUAUUUAUUAUUUUUAAUUUUUAAUGCAAUAUUCUCAAACAAUUCAAUCAAAAAACGUUUUACACAAUUUGUUUUUCAUUAAAUACCUACCAAUAAUAGUUGUAGACUUAAUACAUUUUCAUUUCACAGAGAUGAAUUGCGUUCACCUUCGAUAUAUUGAAUUACUAUACCUACUUGUAUUGAAUACAUAAAUGACACGGACAAGCAUGUUCAUGGUCAUCGAAAAUAUAGCUGACGAGAGACGGAAAAAUUUACAUAGAAAGAGAGAGAAAAGAAGGAAAGAGAAAAAGAAAUAUCGAGGGAAGAAGGAAAAAAUAAAUACUUAAACGUUCCAUUAAUUAAUAUCCACGAUUAUGGUUUUAUACCAUUUUAGAUCCUAAGUUUAGCUAUUAGUUUUUCUAAUAUGUGUGUUUUUCCUUGUACAAAAUUAUUUCGGUUAAUAAAACUUCUUUGAUUUUUUAAUAUAAAAAUGCAGAUUUUUUUCACCAUAGUACUUAGUUAAAAAAAAAAAAACGAUCGAAAUUUUAAACAUUUAACUCGUGUAUCUUUUUUCGUUAACUUUUGAUUAUUUUGAUAACAAGAGAAAAUACAAAUAAUACUACUCCACUCAUAAUUAUUUUUCGUUUUAAAUGUUUAAUCUUUGCACACUGUAUAAUACAUUAAUAACCAAAUUACUCUGCUGUAUCCUACCUCUCUAUCUAUUCUCCUAUAAUAGUGACCUACACGUGAUCAACAUUUUAUUUUAAUAUAAUAUAAUAUACAAUAUAGAUAGAGAUACUAUAAUAUUUAUAAGCACAAUUAAUUAAAGACCAGAACAUAUGUCAUAAAUAUUAUAAUUUUGUGAUAGGUAACGUUUGAAAAAAAAACAUAUCGGAAGUAUCUAUACUUAUGGCAAUUUCAUAAAAUUGUAUAGGAAUUUUUAAAACUGUAAACGCUUUUACGAAUUUGAAAGCUGAAAUCCCCAAUACGCAGUUUAGUUGAUCUAUACAGAAAUACCGUAUCCAAUCAAAAUGCACACUUAUUGCGAAAUAUUGUUGCGUACUUUAUUCCGACUUCAAAUCUCUUUCCGUCAAUCAAAUCGUAUGACUUGUUCAUUAUUAAUUUUUCGUCAGAUUUAUUUUCCGCGUGUCGAUGUUUAUUUUUCAAAAAUGACUUUGCAAAUCGUCUUUUACAGUUAUUUAAUGAGUCAUAUAUUGAUGUCAAAAAUUUUGAUUACGUUGAAACCAUAAAUUGAAAACAAGGCAAUAUAUUUGAGAUUUUAAUAUAUUAACUACUUAAAUCAUUCGAACUUUUUUUUUAUUUAUUAUGUUUUUCGCCUAUUAAUUACUUAUUUACUACUUUAGUAGAUAGUAAAAAUGUUAUUUUUGCACACAAAUAGAGAAAAACAUAUAUUAUUUUAGUGGAUAGUUUGUUGAAUUCGUAAUCAAUGGUCGUGAUACUCGUGUUUAAAUAUUUUUAUAUUAUAAAGAGGUAUACAGUUAAAGGCUAAUUAGUGGAAAAUAAACAAAGAAUAGUUUGAGAAUUCUUUGUUCUAUAUAAAAAAAAUAAUAAUACUUUUUUCUUUGCUAAGACGUACCAAGCUGUUUGUAGCAAUACAAUACAUGUCUUUAUUGUUCGUUAUUGUUGGUAAUAGUGUUUUAUUAUUAUUAUUUUUUAUUUCGUUUUUGUUUCGCAUAAUUCUCGUCUAAACUCUAUAAUAGUAGUUGGUAGGCUGAUAUUACGCUAUUUACGUCUUGUAAGUCCAAAAAUAUGGAAUAUGUUUAGGUUUUAUUAUGGAAACACUCGUCUAGUCGAUUAAAUCGUUUUGGUUAAACUUGAAUUUUAAACAAUAUGUGUGCAUAUUAUUAUAGAACACCACGGUAAAUUUUGUAUUCCGAUAGUUUUGUAUUCUGUUCGUUAGUAGCUAAGAAAGUCAGUUAUAUCCGUUGAAUAAAGAGAAUAAUAUUUUAAUGAUGUAAGUUGGUGUUUUAUAUAAAACAUAAUAUAAUACAAUAAUGAUAUAGACUCUUCAGAAAUUAUUUUAUUUUGCAGUCGGUAGUUUUAAGUUUUCAAUGUCAUCGCGUAUAUAAUAAUACUAAUUGGUAUAACAAACCAUCUUACAUUAAUAUAAAUUAAAUUUCAAAAUAAUUACAGUUGUUACAGAUACCUAUACUAAUAACUUAAGUAAAAUCUAUUUUUAAACUAUAAUUUUAUAUUUAUUUAUUUUUUAUCUACAAUAGUUAUAAUACAUCGCGUUUGCAGCAUUUUUGUUUAUACAAUAUGAAUAUAAUAGGGACGUAAAUGUAUUAAUAAAUAAAUGUAGCUCUAUAAAGUACAAUUACUCAGUCGAUAACUGGUAAAAGAAAUUGUGAGAAAAAAAGACCGGAAAAUUAAAAAAAUAAGGGUUUAACUGAAUUUCUAAAUCUUGUGGAAAAAACAAAAAACACAAUAUAGAAUAUUAAAGUAUUGGAUUAAACUUCAGUUUGACAUAACGUGUGAAUAAUUGGCAAUAUCAUUAGUUUCUUAUUAGACAUAUACAAAACAAAAUAUUUUAAAUACAUUAAUUUUUUAAAAAUUUAAAUAAUUUAAGUUACCUAUGAGAAUUAUGUAUAUCAAUUCAAAAAGUAUUUAAAUUAUAUAAAAUACUUAUAAAGUUAGUAUAGUUUUCUUAAGUAUUUUCCGCCUAUAGAUAUUUUGAUAUUAUACGUAGUUGACUUUUAUUUUCUAUUUUUUUUUAUCGUGAACCAUCACAUUGCAUUUUAUUUUUUUGUUAUAAAGUGAUAUUAUUAACAGAGUUGUUAUUGACAAAAAAAAAAAAAACGAAAUUUAUUUUUAUUUUCCAAUGCCGUAGACGUAUAUGUGAUAAUAAACGACGAAUGACACACUUACGUCGGGGUUUUGUAAAAACAAUUCAAUUUUACGUCGUCUGUUCGACAUAUCAUGUAAAAUAUAUUAUACCUACUCGAUUAUAACAAACCGGCAAUACACGAAGAGAAGUCUGCAAGUAUGUCACGCACUCGCGCAGUUUAUUUUAUUGUCUUGUAACGUCUGAAAUGUAUUUAAACAAAUAAUUAAUGAAUUAUUGUUAGUGCGCACGAUGUAAACGUAUAAUAAUUAUAAUUUUUUGGAAGAUGAAAAUAAUUAAUAAAAGUCGAUCAGGGCUUUGUAAAAUACAAACGUGAGUCGCCGCAAUGGAGAUAUACCUAUUAUUAUUAUUAUUGGUCUUGACGUUGUAUAGAAAAAGCUAUUUAAAAUUCAUAAAAUAUUGUGUACCUAACGUCCUAACCUAUUGAGUUUUGUUCGUUAUUGUUGGUCGGUAGGGUAGUAAAAUAAGUAUAGGUAUACGCAGAGUGUGUUUUUACUAUUUUAAUUUCGAAACCGUCGUACAAUCGGAUAUCCGGUCGGUUCGUGCGUCCGCGAUGUGUGUCAGUAGCGACCGUGAAAAUCGAACUAGUCCGCCGAGUGUGCGCGUGCGCUAGUCCCCCUCCUCCACUCCUCCCCCGGGGUAGGGGUGACCCAGUUACUGACCACGAAGAGAUCACCAAAGUUAAUUGUUAUAAAUACAUUAAUAAUAUUUAUAAAUAGGUACUGAUGGUGUCCGUCGUGUCGUGUUAUUAGUUAUCAUUUAUCGCCAUUAAACUUCACCAAUAAUUAAUAGAGUUCAUUCCAAUAUACGUUUUGAUUCAUAAUAUUAUAAUAAUAUAAUGUAACCUUCAGAUACUUCAAGAAUAACUGUCGAGUUUGUAUUAUGUUCUACAUUUUAGAUUCUGGGCGAAUGUAUUGGUUUCAUAUCUGGGGAGAGAGGUUUAGGGGGGUCGAUUCCUCCUUGAAUUUUGUUGAGAAGUAUUGUUCAUUAUUUUCAAGAUAAACGCCUAAUUAGGUUUGUUAUACAAAUAAUAGAUGAUUUAAUUUAAGCCGUCUUCCCUUUUGGAAAUUUGUACCUUUUUUUGGUUUUACAAAUAUGACGUAUUUUUUUGUGUACGCUAACAACUUUUUGACAAGUAAACUUGCUCCAAUAAAAAACUUUAUAGGAACUUUAUGAUGGAAAAUGUCUUGUAGUUAGUGCAUUGAGUUAUUUUUUAAUGUUCCAUAAAUAUUUUCGAUAUUGUUGUUUUUAUUUAAGUUAAGUUAAAUUAACUUGAAAACAUAUAACUUUCACAAAAUUAUCACUAACUAGACGAGAUUUAUGUUUUUUUUUUUUAAAUUUAAAUUUAAAUUUAUCAAAUCAUGUUUUACCGACUUAGAAUCGGUUCUCUUUUUGCAAUGAUUUAUCAUUGCGUACAGAUAUAAAUUUAAUUACUUUAUAUUUUAUCCUACGUACCAUCUUAAUUUCCCACCUACAACUGUAACCCAUCCAUGGUGCCAAGUCUGGCUUUCCUUAUAAUAUAUUUUAUGUUUCGUUAUAUUCCUAGUUUGAAAUAUUUAGUUAUUUUUAAGUGGUAAAUAUAAUAAUAUACUAUUAUAGAUGUGGUUUAAUUAUUAUUUUCAUACAUAUUUAUUUAUUACUUUGGAAAAAAAAGUUGAAAAUUUCAUAAAUAAUGGAUUUAUCUUGGAUAUUUUUUUAUGGAAUAUCUUGGCAACUCAGUGAAACUGUAAAAUAUAUUGCAAACGUUCACGAUGAAUAUUAAAUGUUUUCGAUUUGGUAGAUAAACUAUACGGUAAAUGUAUUAAUAUAAUUUUUUUCAUGAAAGAAAAAAAUACUAUGUUAUGUAAAUUCUCUCAGAGAAUGGCGAUUAAAAAAAAUUUAAACUUUCUAUCAACUAUAAUUUAGAUGGAAAACUUGUUUAAUCAUACGAAAUUGUUUUCAUCAAAGGUACUAUAAAAACGUUAUUAUUGCAAUCUGUGUCAUAUAUUUGAAAAUCAAAUAAUACUAUUGUUUAAGGUUUCACCGCCGUGAUUAUUGCUAUUACAGUUAUAUGUCAAUUCAUAUUUUCAAUUAUACAAAAAAUUAGAUGUAGUGUCAAGAUGGGUCGAACUCGGCCACUCGGCCAAUUUGGAAAAAUUGCGCGCCAUCCAAAAUUGUAGAGUAAAAACAUGAAAGGCUUCUCAAUCUUUUACAUUUUCAUUUUCACGUUUUAAGAUUUCCUACGUAGCACGGAAUUUAUUUGGUUUCAGUUAUCAGAGAUCGGAGUGAUUUUUGAUAGUAAAUUAAUACAAAUUUUUUAUUUUCCUUAUAAUUUUUAUUUUAUAAUUAUCUAUUCAUGUAGGUAUUUAUACAAUAUUUAAUUCAUUAAUAAAUUAUUUCUUGAACGUGUUUUAUAGUUUUUAUUUCCUUAAAUUGGCUGAAUGUAUGUAUAUUAUUUUGUAUAUUAAUAUACUAUUCGCAUAAUUUAUUAUUGAAUUAGUAUAUUGUAUUAUUUUUAAUAAUGGUAAUAAUAUUUUAGAUUUAUGUCGAGAUUGGAAAAAAGUUAUUUUGAACAAAUUCUCAAAAACUAAAAUCAUUGAAAAAUGUUGUAUACAUUUUACAUUACUUGUAUUUUUAUUAUUGUUUUUGGAUAAAAAUCUAUUUUCUAUUGAAUAAAAUAAAAUAAUUUUCUCAUUAAAAUACGAAUUAUUAUUUAGAUACUUAUAAUUACCUAAUAAUUAAUUAUUAAUGAGUAAAACUAAAUACAUACACUAAGAAAAAAAAAACUAUAUAGAUAAUAAUGAUAAUAUUAUAUAAACAACAAAGGAAUACGAUAUGAUACUAAAACCAUUAAAAAUUAAAUUUGAAAAUUUCAUUUUUAAUUAACUUUUAACGCAUAUAAUUUAUGCGUAUACUUAUAUAAUUACUAGAUUGCGAAUAAUACAUAUUAUCCAAGCUCUCUCUCCCACUUGGGAAAAAAAAAAUUCUAAUUUUUUCUUUGUACAAAAUAAACCAGAGGAGAUAAUUAUAAAAUAUAUCGUUUUUUUUUUUUUUGCUCUAAAUUAUGGUUAUUAUAAAGCGUAAAUAAUAAAUUUACUUGCCAAUUAAAUAUUUAUUAUUAAUUUUUAUGUAUUAUUUAAUAAUAAUUAAAUAUUAAAUUAUUAAUAUGUUUCGAGUUUAUCAUUGAAAUAAUAAUAUAUCGUGAUUUAAUUAUAUAUUUUAUAUUGAACAUAAUUUUUUUUUUAAAUACACUAACUAUAUUUAUCAAACAUUUAGGUAGCAUAAUCAAUAACCCAAGUCUUACGAGAUUUAGUUUUGCUUGUUUGUUGCCCGUUAAUCAUAUUUUAUUAUAUAUUUGUGUACAGGGUGAUUCUUUGAUCACGGACCAUCAUCAUCGAUUAGGUAUAUGUAUAUAUUAAGAAGAAUAUAUUAGAUAUUAUUAUAUAUGAAGAUUUAAAGUGGAUACAUUUUUCUUUUAUUUAAGACGAUUGAAAGCGAUUUGUUAAAUAAACAUACUUCCAGUAUUCCAAUUUAUGUUUUUAAAAAUGAUUUGGAUUCGUAUUCUUUUUUUACAUGUUUUGUAUGAAAUAUGUUAAAUUUUUUUUUUGUGAUUAUUUGAGAUAUUUAUUGCGUAAAAAAACAAAAGAAUAGUUAUUACCUACUAAGAACAGGUGCGACCACUGUUGUAGAUGGGUAAUUAGGAAGGUAGGAUACAUAUAAUUAUUUAAUUUGUAUCUGUAACCAACGAUACACCAUUACUAACGAAAAAAAAUUCGGAGCGAAAUUAGGUUAUACAUGUUUUGAAAGGUCAUAUUUAUGAUUUUCGUCAAAAUUUGAACUUAAAAUAACAUUUGUUAUAUAUUUUUAAAACAUUGUUUACAAUAACCGUUGGGAUUCAUUAGAUUGUACCCUAUAUAUUUUUGUGUUGUAAUUUGAAAAAAGUCGUAUUCUUAAUUGUUUUUGGUUUUUCCAAAUUAUUAUUGAAAAGACGGAGAUACUUCAUACGAUGGGUGGGUCACUGUUGUAGGUGAGAAGUUAAGAAGGUAGAAUAUAGUGGGGAAUUUAAUGUUUAUCUAUGCGCAACAAUUAAUCUUUGCUAACAAAAAAUAAUUCUGAACAAAGUUCGGUUUUAGGUAAAUGUUUUGAAAGGCCUUAAUAUUUACUUUUUUCGCCAAAACUUGAUAUUAAAAUUCAUAUACAAAAAAAAAUAUUUCAUUUAACUCAUUUUUUUCUUAUUAACCACUAAGUACAACUUAUAAUGAACCUCCUGUUAAAUUAUCAAGCAUUUCUCUUUGAUCUUACAAUUUUAUCCACCAAAUAAAUAUUACCUAUGUAAAAAACUAGCAAAGUUAAAAUGUCUAUAAAUAGCUUAAAACAGCUUAAAUACCACAUCCAUAGAAGGCAAAUUUCUGUCAAAAUGUCAAGUUUCUAUAUGAAUAUUUUUCGCUGAAUUACAACAAAAAGAAAAUUAAGAAUAAUAAAUUAUUAUUUUCGUAAAUCGUCUCAUCUUUUUAGGUUUUUUCUAUUUAUUAUAAAAACAGCUGGGAAAUUAAAAAAAAAAAAACACUGUAAAAUCAAUAGAUCCCUCGCUACGCUUCGAAUAUAAAAUAAGAUGAACUUAUCAUGCACUGUAACUAAAUAAACUAAAUUAAAAAAUUGACAAGUUUUUCCAACAAAAAAUAGACGAGAAAUUGAAGAACUAAGAUAUUUUUUUAAAAUUAUUAUCGGGUGAACAGUAUAAUGCGUGAAUUUUACUCCAGCUUAUUAUUGAUCUAAAACGUAAUGUAAAUGUGGAAACUACCGUAUCAUUUCGCUUUAAAUCAGACAAGGAUUAAUGGGAGCAUAAAAUAAUAUAAAAAUAAUUUUCAAAUCUUACAUAAUUUGAGAAAAUUUGGAAAGCCGUUUCCAGUCCUUUUCGUAAUUUUAUUCACAAUAUUUUAAAUAUUUUACUCUUAUUCAUUUUCGGUAUAAACACAAAUUAUUAACUGUUGAGUAAUGAAUUGUUUUAAAUAGGAUGCUAACAUAUAAUGAUAGUUGGAAUUUUUAAAAUAUCGUAAAUUAGAUCAUUGAACAUUUUACAAAAAAAAAAAAAAAACUUAAAAACCUUUGUAAUUGUUAACGCAUGAUAAAAAAUAUCACCCUGUACCUAUAUGUAUAAUCGUUGGAAUGUGUCAUCGUUUUAACUACUCGUCCGGUUUUUAUAUUACAUAAAACUCUAUUAAGUUCGUAUUUUGCGCGUACGUUAAUACCUUUACGACCAUACAUACAUAUACAAUAUAAAUAUAUCUCAAAGUCUCACAUAAUUUAUUUUUGCCCUGACGUUUUCCUGGUUUAUAAUACAUUUUUAACGAUGACCCAUACAUUUAAUUGCGUUGAACCGCUGAAAAUGGGAAAACAGUAAUCAAUAGUUGCAAUUUAAUAAAUUAUAUAAGGUAAUAAUAAUAUUACUGGUAUUACGCUCAAGGUACCUAUUUGUUUUGCAUUGCAGUGUAUUUAUGUUUUAUUGUAAUAUAUAGGCGGGUAUAGGUCUACUAGUAGGUACCUAUUCAUUAAUUGACAAAAUAUGUAAUCAUAUAAUGCGUGUGUGUUAUUGUUUAUUUGAGAUAUCGUUUAUAUACUUACGGUAUGUAUUACUUAUAUUAUUAUUAUUACUGUUUGUGGUUUAAAAAUUGUAUGCAAAAUUAUAAUUGUUGGUUAAACAUCCAAAAUCAUGAGUUUUUAAAUCCUAUAUAGGUAAUCAAAAUAUCGUAUACGGUUGAGCAAUGUGCGUAUAACAAUAAUUAUUUGUUUCAAAUCUAAAAAAGGGACAUGUACCUAUUGAUUAAAACCUACUAUACAUUAUAUAUAUAUAUUAUUAUUGUAAUCGCAUGUUUAUUAAUUUUUUCGCAUAUUUUCUUAGUUUUUAAAAAAUAAUACAUAUUAUAUUUUAAUUAGGGCCCGGAUUUAAAUGCACUAAAAAUCAUAGAAAAAUUUAUUUUGAAAAUGAUAUAUACAUUUAUAGUAUAUAAUAUAAAAAACAAAAAAAAAACCAGAAAAUUGAUAACUUUGACUUUUAACUAGCGACGGUAGUAUUGACUGAGGAGCUGCUGUAUUUUACUGAUUUACUGGAAAACCCGAACAAUAUGGGUAAUAUUUUUAAUUAGCUAAAUUUAAAUAUUUAAGUAUAUGUAAUCGAUGGCCGUAAUAAAUAUUAUAUGAUAUUACUAGCUGAAUUACCCAGCGUUGCCCGAAAACAAAUUCGUGACAAAUUAGAUAACGCCAUGUAUUACCAUCUACCGUCUUAAAUUCAUAAUUAUUGAUAAUAUACAUAAUAACCUAAUAUCUAUGUAUUUAUUUUUAUCGAUAAACUUUUCGGAACAAUUUUAUUCUCGGAAUCAUUAUUCUUAUCUACACGACGACGACGACGAACAAAAAGGAUAGGUUGCAGGUAGCUGGAGACCCGCGGGCCGCCGUGCCGCACAUACGUAUUGGCGGUGAAUAAUUAUAAUUGUUAAUUACUCCACUAAAACGCAACAUUUUUGAAAAUCCUUCUUUAUUGCACGGUGAAAAUAUGAGAAGAACCUAUAUUCCAAAUUUCAAGUCCGUACGUUACGUAGUUUUUGAGAUACAGCGAUCAGUCAGUCAGUGGUAUUUGGAUUUUAUAUGUAUAGAUAGAUAACACUCGUAUUUUGCACAAAUAUGCAAUAAAACGAAAAAAAUAAUCGAAAAAUGCUAAAAAAAAAAAAGGCAAAAUAAAAGUUUCACCUUUGAAGUUUCAACUAUACGAAUCAAAUUUCGUAGUUGGAAAGUAUUGUCUAAUAUCACUCAAAAAAGAUGUAUUUCGCAUUGAAAUCCGGGCCCUAAAUAUAAUAUACCUAUAUUUAUAUAAUAUAAAUGUCAGAAUUCCAAAGUAUAAAAACUAAAAUCCCAAAUAGAAAACAAAAGGUAGGUUUCAUAUAGGUAUAUAAAACAUUUGUCUGUAUAUUUACAUAUCUAGACCCAAAAGCCAAAAUUUUGAUUUGAGUCAAGGUUAAAAUGUUAAACUGGGGUGAGUUCCCGAGUUGCUUGGCGUCCCCUACCUUCAAAUUACACCACUGUGCGACUACCUGUUGCCACCAUAAGAUUUUGUACGAAAAAAAAUGCCCCUUUCUUUUCGAUAUUGAAAUAGUGUCGCUGAUGUACAUGCAAACUUAUACGUAUAUUAUACUAAUGUAAAAUCUCGUAUUUAUAGCUGCAGCAGUCGCUUUGGACCUAAAUUCCCGUGAAAGUAACUUUAAUUAAAUUUAUCCACAACGAACGACGUUAAUUACGAUUAUAAGGCAGUGCGAGUUUAUAAUAUUAUAAUACUUGUGUUAUUGUGAGUUUAAAUACAUAAAAUACCAUCAGCUAUCCCCGUGCAUUAUUGUCCCUUUUUAAUUGAACUAUAUAUAUAUAUAUAUAUAUAUAUACACACAUAAUAUAAUAUUACAAUAUUGUUAUAAUACUAAAAUUGAAUAUUUCCCGCCGGGGAAUCAUUUCUAAUUAAUUAUUUAUACGUUCGUAUAUAUAUGUAUAAAAAAAAGUCUCUAAUUAGUCAGGUUGGUGAACCCUUUUUUGGAUAACAUGAACCGUCAAGGUCGAAACUGCGGGGGGAAUACGCGCAUCACAUACUUUCGUAUUAUAGGUAUACCUAUCGUCAUGUAGACUCGAGUCGAUGGUUCUUUUGUACGAUUAUUAUUUAUUAUACAUAUAUGUAUAAAAAAUUAUUAUUAUUGUUGAAUACGCGUAUAUUAUAACGUAUAUUAUAACGAAGAGGAGAAGGCACGCGCGCGCAUCACCGCUGUCGCGGUCUAUGAAGAAUGCGCGAUAUAUAAUAUUAUAAUACAAUUUAUAUAUAGGUAUACACGCGUGUGUAAAGAAAGAAAGAGAAAAAAAAAAGUUACGUGUUAUAUUCUUUUUCUAUUCGCGCCCUAGUGGGUAUACCUGUAUCUACGCGUGUUUAGAUAUUAUAUAUUAUUAUUAUGUCGUGAACGUAAUGUAUUCGAUUUCUUAUCGAUAGGACCUGAUUAUUUAAUAAUCAAGUGCACAUAUAUUAAAGGAACAGUGCAGUUCUGUACCCACAUUACACGCGUUUCGUGUGUGACACUGUAAAAAAUUGUUAUCAAACUCCUUGAUGAAAUUUAAAUAUAUUUACUACGUUUAUGUGGCUAUACUAUAUAGGUGGAAUAGUAAAUCAGGAUUUGUAUAUUAGUCUAAAUCAUCAUCAUCUACAUCUAUACAGUAAUCGUGGUUUACCGCGCCGUGGCUCUAUAAUAUUAUAUUUAUAAGGUUUAAAACGUUGACUAAUGAUAACAUGUAAAAGAAAAAUGUUUUGUUCGUUGUUGGCAUUUAUUGUUCCGAAGAAUAAUUCAGGACAUAAUUUUAAAAUAAACAGGUAUACCUAAUCUGAUAUUCAAUAUUUUCGUAUUUACUACAGUGUUUUAUAGCUUAAUCAAUCCGGAAUAAGAUAUUGGAUUGAAUUCCUAAUCCGUUCUCCUUAUUAUUCAUCUACAGGUCUUAAUUCCACUAAAUGUCUUAUUUAAACUAUCUAGACCAGAUCAGUAUUGGGGAUCUUGUAGAAUCUCGAGUACCUAUAUUAUCUAAAAUUGUCUAUCUAUACACACUAUCGAUCGAUUUAUUCGAUUAAAUGAUAGGAUGUAAAACGGGAAUUUAGUGAUGGCCAGUCGCCAAAGAAAUGUUCGAAAAUACGCUAACUUGGCGAAACAAAAAAAAUACCAAUAACGGCAAUAUUCAAAUUAUUUAUUUUGACUGUCGUACUAUGUAUAUUGCAUACGCACUACUAUUUAUUUAUUUAAUACGAAAUGUGAUCGAUCAACAUUAACAUACUGUUGCCGCCAAGUUUCCGGAAUUGAUAAAUUCUCCAUCAACAUAUUGUUAUUAACAAAAUGUUGGCCACGUGCCUUCAUUUUGCGCAGACCGCCUUUUUAAAGGCAAUUACGUUUCUUUUUUUAUAUUGGAUGAGAUUUCUUCAGAUAAAAGCUUGGACAAUUUAUUGCGUUCGAUAGGCGAUAUAAUUUUGAAUAAGUACCUACGUCCUAAUUGAAUAUAUUAUAUUUCAAUGAAAAACAUUCCGCUACGUCACCGUAUAUAAAAACAAUAAACUUCUAAAAGUCAUGUGAAAUCAUUUGAUGGCUAUGUAUAGUACCUUAUCUAAAUUUAAAUGUACCAAUGUUGUGCUUUUAAUUUAUGUUUCUAGCUUCUCACGACCAAAUAAAUAAUAGUUAUUAAAUAUAGUAAAUAAAAAAUGUAUGCAUAUAGAAAUAAAAAUAAAUAAAUAAAUAAAUGCGUCACCUGGAGUAUUAUACGUCCGGUUUCGAAUUAAAAAUUUCCUUUCUGAGCGUAGCGACGGGACGGAGCUAUUGGUUUUACUAAGAUGUUUAUUUCUUUCUUUUUUUGUCUUCUUCUAGUCUGUGGACAGUAAACUCACUCCGAUUUUUACGUAUAGCAACUUUUAUGAAAGCUCAAGUUGUCUAAAUUGCACUUUAAACAGGUCAUUUUUCGAUUUUCGACGCGAUUUUUAAAAUAAAAGCAUUUAGUGGGAAAAAACGUUGAGAAAAUGUACAAUUUCACGAUUUCAUUAUUUUAUAAAAACAUGGACGACGUUUUCUACCAGAAAAAAAGAUUUAAUUGAAAAAUCACAAGAUACCUUUUUUGUUACCUUUUUGAUUUAGUUUAUUAUGGUAUUAUUGCUAAAACUUUUGAGCCACUUUUGAGCUUUUAAAGAAUUUUAAUUUUCGGGAGUUUUUUUGCUGUAAUUUGAUUAUAAAUACACGUAGGGACUUGAAACUUGGUAAUAAUACUUAUAUUGGACUUACCUAGACGUGGUCAAAUUUCCAAAAUUAUCGGACGAAUUUUUUUUUAAUAAGCGUUUUGAAAUAAAAUUUAAACGAAAAUCGGAAAAAAAUUACGGCAUUUCAUAUUAUGUAUUACCGAACUACGCUCGGAAUCGUUUUUCGCCAAGCAAUGGUUUAUCGUUGCUUACAGAUAUAAAUGAAAUAACCUUAUAUAUCUUACCUUCCCAACUUUUUACCUACAUAGUGGCCGCUUCCAUCCCCAGAAUCAACUCUUUUUUAUAUACAGUCGCGUUUUACAUUUUGUCUGUGAUAUACCUGAUGAUGAAUUUUUAAUUCGAAAGCGGUCAUAUAAUACACUUAUCAUAAUACUCCAGGCGACACAUUAAUUUAUUUAUUUUUAUUUCUAUAUAUACAUUUUUUAUUAAUAUAUUUAUUUACGAGUUUUAAAUAUUUUAAUAAUUUUGUUUUUACUUCAUUAUUUUAUUAAUAGUUAUUAUUACGUUUAUGAUAAAAAAAUUUAAUUUUCGAAUUGUAAGACUUAACGAUGAAAAUCAAAUAUGUAAAUUACUCUUUAGGGGUUGAAUUCCGGGAUAAAAAAAUAUGUUGAUAUGUAGCAACCGGUCUAUUUACCAAAUUUUUUCAAUAUCGUUUCAAAUAACCGUGAUAUGGUAUAACAGAUAGUCACGCUUUCGCAUUUUUAAUAUGGAUAGUACCUAAACAAAUUUAUACAUUUAUAUUUAUCGAAAUCGUUUACAUUCUUUUCUUUUAAGGAGUUAGGAAUUUUAUGGAGAGUUAAAAUUGAACCGAUUCCGUCGUGCUGUUAUUAUAAUAAUUCAUUUUAGCCAAUGCGACGUGCGAACACAUCAAAUAAUACGUACAUGUAUAAUAAUAUUUGUUUACAUGUUUCCGCCAUGAUGGCAGAUUAUUAUUAUUAUGUUGUCAUUUUAUUUGCUGCUAUACAAUUUAAGAACUGCAGUGUAAGUAAUUGAUCAAUUGAGCAAUUAAAUAUAAUAACAUUAUGAUACUUGUUUGAAUGUAUAAUUCUUUUUUGUAUCUACUGCACGAAAAUUGCCGUUCGGUAAACCUAACCAGUAGAAAAUUAUUUCGCCAAGAUCGAAUUUAAAUUGACCGAAUUACUCUACUGCCGAAAUAACUGACAAAUUCAAAAAUUAAAUAUUUUCCAUUUUCAUUUAUAUAUAUAUAUAUAUAAUAUAAUUAUAAUCGUCAUUUUUAUACCGUUACUAUAAUAUUAUUAUUAUAUUAUUAUUGUAUCGUUGGACACGAUGGCCGUGUACUUCUUCUCUAAUAUUGUUAUUGACCCGAUUUUUAUACUCCGUGUUAUAUCAAUAAUUAUCUGACUAUAAUAUUUUAGACACAUUAGAGUAUAAGCGUAUACGUUGUAUAGGAACAUAAUAAUAUACUCGAUUUUUUACGUUUAAUAUUAUAUUAAUCGAUGCAAUUUUUCGCCCGGCGGUACCAUAUUUGAAACAUUUUAAUACAUUAUGACGAUACCGAUGUAUCUGUUUUACUUUUGCUGAUUUUUGGGUUAAAUAUAGGAGAACAAAUAAACGACUCAUAUUAUUAAACUACCAGUUUACCGAGCUAUGCUAAGAAUCUUUUUUUUUUUAUUGAAGUGAUUUAUUGUUUCUUUCAUUAAAAUGUACUGGCUAAAUUACCCUAUAUCCCACAUUUUCCUAAUUUCCCACAAAGAACAAUGGCCUACCCACGGUGCAAAGUAUAUCCCGAUUUUUUUUCAUAAUUGUAGUUAUAAUUAUAUUACUUAUACUAGGACCUAUAAAAUGUUAAUAACCAGCAACUGGUUGGCCGGACCCAAGUGUGUAUACCUACAGUGUGUAGUAUAUUAUUUAUAACUCUAUAAAAAGAAGCGUCUAAACUAAUUCUUCCGGCCAAUUUGGUGGUUAUCACGCUAUUGUCGGGUCUUUUUACAAUCGUAAUAAUAAUAUAACAUGUACCGUAUUAUAUACUCGUAUUAUUAAUAUCAUUGUGGCCCUUUCGUGUCUGGAUAAAAAAAAAAGUACACACCUCAUUUCAUUGCACGUCAUCGUUCGUGCCAGUCGAGUAUUUUUCUCUGGAUGAUUCCGUUAUAUAGUUUUAUCGAUUUAUCUUACCUAUAUAAUACCGUGGCGGCCAUUAUAAUGGUCUUUGACUUCUGAAUCACACCGAAAUUUUUGGUGCGUGUCGCGUAUUUUAAAAUAAGAUAGUAUGAAAAAAACGAGUAAUAUUUCGAUCUAUACAACUGGUGUGAACGCCUACUCUUUCGGCCCAACGAUCGGAAACCAUCUCGGAUCCUAUACGCAUAAUAAUAAUAAUUAUUAUGGCCCGGAAAUUCAUGUAUACGUUUGUUAUUGAAUAUGUAUAUAGUUAAACGCGCGUUGAAUCGUUUGUAAUUGAAUUUGAAGUGGAAUAUAAUGUAAAGCAUUUAAUGGGCAUAAUUCGUUUUCGGAUUCAUUUUCUCUUUUAAAUUGCAAUCUAUUUGCACAGUUUAUAAAUUAAUAACAUUUGAAUAUUAGUCGUAUUGAAGUUUUUGUCGCUUAAUUGUUUGCUUUUUUAAAAUUUGUUCGGUAAAUAGUAUUUAUUGCCUGUGUGUUGGUGGCCUCAGUAUACCUAAAUUAUUACGAAUUUAUUGAUAAUUAUUAUAAUUUAUUGUUAAGAUUUAAAAAAGUUAUUUUACAUUAAGUAUUAUAGCCAAUAUAGGUAUCUAACAUCAUUAACAAUAUUGUUCGUUAAACUUUUACCAUUACCAUUUUUAAGAAUAAGUUUUUCGUUGGAAAUAUUUUUAAAAGGAAAUGUUAAUUUAGAUUUUUGAGGUUCUAACCGUGUAUCGAACAUUGAUAUUAUUAAAAUAAAAUUAGACAUUUGAUUAUGUGUUUCAUCAAUCAUGUUAAUAUACCGACGAAAUGUCGAAAUUAUACGUCGCAUCGUUCACAUAACAUUUUUCAAGGUCGGAACUCGUUUUAUCUUUCGCCCUGACCUUCGUCGAGUGUUUAUAAAAAAAAAUAAUAAUAAUCUCUGAUCUAUAUAGCGAUCGAAACGAUCCGAAAUAGUGCAAAGCGUGUCAUCGAAUUAUGAGUUUAGUUAAGGUAAACGCUAUGCUAUAGGUAAUGACGUUAUUUCAAGACGUAACCCGGGUUAAGAUAAUAUUUUAACGCAACGAAAGGCCUAAAUUUCCAAAAUAUUAAAACAAACAGUCUUAAAAUAGUUAACUGCCUAGUACUUUCAAGAAUAAUUAAAUGUAUUGUAAUUUAUAACAUAGUCUUGAGAUCCCUAUAAUACUGAUCUUAUGAACUUGGUCCUGUAAUAUAAUAAUGUGAAAUCGUAUAUACAUAUUAAACAUUUUAUUUUAUUGUAUAUAUACUUGGACAGGUGCCUCUAUCGCAUGAAGAAAAUUUAGCAUUUUUUGAAUAUGUAUAUUAGUAUGCCAAAGUGAUUUUUCUUCAUUUCCGCAUUGAUGCGAUGUAAUUUUAGUUAAUCUUAUAGAUAUUUACAAUAAUACUUUAGAAAGAUCAAUAAAUUCGUGUAAAAGAAAGUUCUUUAAGAACGCUCUACAAAAAAAUAUUUCGAAAAUUAAAUAUUUUACAUUUCAUUAACCAAUCGUCCUAUUUGUUAGUAACGGUAAAAUUAUUUUAUCAUAACAAUGUUGUUUAACCCAACCUUAACUAGGUAUUAAAUUAUUUACUAUCAUAAACAGAAUGUAAUAAUUCUGUUUUAGCCAUCACCACUGUCGCAAUCCUCUAAUAAUCGUUAUCUUAGAUUAUUCUAUCCUCUUUAAAUCUCGUAAUUCCUUUCAUUCAUUGUUUUUUCACUUUUUCUCAAGGCCUUUUCUCCUCUGGUUUCUAUUUAAUUGCUGCUCUAAAUUUGUUUCCUUUUUUUAUGCAGCGUAUCACAACUCCUGGAGUUUUUGUCCUUUCAUAUAUGACUUGUUAUGAAGGGUACUUUCAUUAUUUCCCUCUUAUUUUAGCGUUUUUCCUUCUACGCCAGCAGUUUAACCCAUAAUCUUGAAAACUGAUCCAUAUUAUAUUAUUCUUAGCUUCUUAUUCUUAAAGGAUCAUAAAGUCAUAAGUUUUCUUUCUAUAUACAUUGUUAACGGCCAUACAGUAUGCUCCAUACUUUGCACCCAAUAGUUAACGUAGGUCUAUAUAAACAAUGCGUCAGUAUAUCUUUUUAUAACUUUAUAUUAUAAUUAGGUUGAAUAAAAUAAUAAUAUUUAAAUAUAUUCAACUCGGUAUCCUCCAUUUUUAUUUACUUAUUUUAUAACCUGAUUUUCAUCGAACAUAUAUUAUCAAUACCUAAACAAUUUGCGAACUGUAAGUAUCAGGUGAAAAAAAAUAAAAUAAAAAUGUAAUUAGUUACCUAUACGGUUUUAUUUGUAUGUUAAACUUAAAUAGUUAAUGUUUUUUAAAAGUAGGGGGGGAAAUGAAAAAUACUAAUAUUAUGUUAUUAUAUGUAUCUAUACAUCGAACUAACUCUGAUUUUUUUUUGUAUUCUUAAACAACUGACCCGGUAAAAACGAUACGUUGUAAGUGUUGACCUCUUUAUUUUUUUAUACACCUUAACGGAAAAUUGAAAUAAUGCCACCGAUGGCGAUAGCCGGUAGCACUCGUAGUCGUGUAUUUUUAUUAUGUCCAUUGCACGUUUUUUUUAUACAUAUAUAUAUAAUUAAUAUAUAUUACACCCGUCAACAUAAUGUUCACUAUAAUACAAGUACUCGGUGAUAAAUCCGGAACGAAAUAGAGAAUGGAUAUUAUUAGCAACUGUGCAGUGUGAAUGUUGAUAGGUAUAACCGAAAAAGGUAAUUUGCGUUGAAAAUGCCAGCGACCUCUUAAUUAUUUUGGACGGGAAAAAUUAUUAUCAUCAAACAUUUGUUAUAACGUAUGUACCUAGGUAUUAUAAUAAAAACCGUUUUUAUUCAGUCAUAAAAUUGUUUAAAUGUACCUACUACAUACUUUUUUUUAUUAACACGUGUAGUCUUUGGUGUUUUUAGUGAACCAUACAAACGUUACGCAAAUGAUGGAAAUAUAUACAGGAUGAUUCUUGUAAAUCACGAACCAUACAAUGAUUAGUAAAUUUUCAUAGAUAUGAUACCUUAAUAUACAUAUUGUGCUGGGUGUUAUCACUGGGUAAUUUCUCUAUUCGAAUCACUCUUAACCUAUUUUUUUUUUUUCAUCAAAACGAAUCGUUGUAGAUAUGAGUCGUAGGCAAUUUUGAAUUAUACUUAAUUUAGAAGACUCCAAAAUCCAUCGUGUGUGUUAAAUCAAUUAUACAAAUACUUAUAAGGACGCACUUAAAUUUGAUUUAUAUCAUAUCUUUUAGUGAGUAGGUAUUAAAUACUAAUCAUAGCUAUUAACUUCUAAUUCAAAUAACCAAUACUAUAGUUGUACUUAAAAAAUUGGUCACUAUUGAUUUAUACAUAAAUUCAUAAUGAUUUUAUUUUCUUUAUAUCCGUAUAACCUAACCUAUCGCCGUAAAGCGCCAAUAAUUCAAUAUUAAAUAUAUCAAAAAUUUGUUAUAAUAGUAUUAAUAAAUUGUAUAAAAUACUUUACCCACAUCAAACAAAAUUUGAAUUACAUUGCUAGAGGAUCCAUUAAACAAUAUUAUACAACUUUAGUCUUUAGGUAGGUACAUAGAAACUUUUAUAUAAUAGUUCAUAUCAAUUAAAUUAUGUUUUCCCUAUCAUAUUAUGUGAUUGAACUAUUGCUAUGAAGACGUAUAAUAUUCUGUACGUAUUCCUGUUUAAAAUAUAUUAUACCUGUAUAAAUAAAAAUUAAUUGCCACAAAUAUUUGUCCACGCAUCAUUUUAAAACGGCUGCUAACUAUAUGUAUUUUUUUUUCUUAGAUAAUUAUCCGAACAUUUAAAUAAAUAUUAUAAUGAUACGUAUAAAUUAACGACGAGGAAUAUUUCUAAAUUCUUCAGUAAGUUUCUAUAAUAUACUAAGUUAGGUAUUAUAAUAGAGGAUAAUAUCCUACUAUAUAGAUAAUUGAUAUGAAUGUAGGUAGAUAUAGGUAUGCGUUUUACGUGAAUUAUUUUAAAAAUAUUUACAUUACCUACCUGCUUAUUCUAUGAUUUUAGCUAUUGGACUGCAGGAAAGUCAUAGUUCAAUAAUAGGUUCUGUAAAUAUAAGUAAAUAUAAAAUAACAAUUUAAACAUUUUUUUUUUUUUUUUUAUAGCAGAUAAAAUUACAAAAAUGCAGGUAUAAUGUUAUUAUUAUUAUUGAUGUAAAAUACCAGUACUAGUAUUAUUAAAUAAAAUUUUAAAAAUAAAUAAAGUGGGUAUUAGAUAGUCAAUUGUAUAGUUACAAAUUGAAUUUUAAUGAACAAAAUUAUCAAGUGAAAUUCGUCUUUUUUUCACUUUUUUUCACUUUGUAUCUUCAAUCUACUAUCUACUGAAAGUUGUAUCUUCCCUUUCUUUUCCUUUGGUCCUUUACAACUUUCAAUAAGAGUUUUCAUUGCUAAAUUACGCCACCUGUUCCUGUCUUGGAUCACAUCUCUCCAGUUUUUUACUUCUAGACUCCGUAGGAUGUCUUCGAGAACGUGGAUCCACCUUUCCCUGAAUCUACCGAAAUGUUUAUACGCUUCCAUUUUAGCGUCGCUCUAACAUCAUCAUCCUUUUCUUUUCUUAUUUUAAUUAUGGCUUUUAGUGCAAUAUUAUUUUGUUGUAAUUUUGAUGACAAUAGUAUUUUCACCGUAUAGCAAUAAUGUCCACGAAAACAUAAUAAAUUAUCAAUAGACGGACGAAUUAUAUUAUUAUCGUCGUAGGUAUGUUCGUGGUCACGUGCGUGUGUACUGUGUACGAUAAUUGGCUGCAGAAAUCUAAGCCGGCCGAAUAUAUUAACAUUGCAAGGGCAAUUGUCCGAUUAGGUAUCGUGUACGCGUGUGUAUACUAUAAUAGUUAUUAGUUUACUGUGCUGUAAAGGGUAAUGCAUCAUGGCAACCUGCUAGAUCCGACUACUAUCAUAUUAUCAGCUAUAGAAGGUUUGUGUAAGGUAGUACAUAGAUGUACUGUAUAGCGCCAUAGAGACGUGGGUACGGGAAACUCGAUAGUAAUAUAAUGAUAAUAAUAAACGAAAACGGCGACAAUAAUAAUAGAUGAUCGGUAUGUAGUAGGUACAAUAUCGAUGAAGAAAGUGCACCGGGCUCAUUAACGAGGGUAUUAUUAUUUUAAUAACUGGACGCGCUUUCUAUAUAAUAAUAAUAAUAAUAUAGGUAAUAUUUGUCUAUAUUGGCGAAAGAGGAUUAGAAAAUGUGCGGUAUAUGGUUUCACGAGAGGUUUCCGAGAAAAAUAAAUGUUAGCGGUGGCUAAUUUAGGUAAGGUUACCACAUAGUUUUUUUUAAACAAAAACCACGACAAUAUUAUGUUAACUACCUAUAUUCUAUUAUAAAAAGUGCAGCAGUACGCUUCGUAUGAAUGAAUACUUUUGUUUUUAUGAAACUCCAAACUUUAGCAAAUUCAUUUUUGCGUAAAUCAUAUUUGUUUUUCAGACAGCCAUAUUAGGAAAACGACAAAUAAUAAAAAGACAUGGAAAUACGGCAGUAUAUAAUACUAGUCAGUUAUGUAACAAAAAUAAAAAAAUACGACGAGAGAUUAACUAAUAAUCAACAAUUUAUUAUGUUAACACAUAACGAUAAUUUGUUCACUAAAUUAAAAAUCGGUAGAAAAGAAUUCAGGGAAUUGAAACUAAAUUUGUUCUGGUCAAAUGCAUAAACAUAUAUUAAUAUACGAAUUCUUAUAGUACCAAUAAUAUUAGAAACAGAUGACCAAUAUCUGGGUAUAUAAUGAUAGGAUCUAAACUGUAGAUGUUAUCUCUUGUUAUAUUUGUUGUUAAACUUCUCUCUUUCUCUCUCUUCCUCUCUCUCGGGAAUGAUCUAAACUUCAAUCAUGUAUAUUAUAAUAUAUACUCUGCCUACUAUAUGGUGUACCCAUGAGGAUUAAAAAAAAUGACCAGUAUAAUAGUGUGACGCGAGGCCUCUGGUUUACGUCGCACUCACUCGUUAAUAUGCAAGGACGUCAGUUAUCGAACCGUACAUCACACAGCAAUUACCUGCAAAUACCAUAUGAGCAAAACACAAACACACGCAAAUAUAAACAUAUACAAUUGACGUAUUAAUGAUUUUUUUUUUAUAGUCAUGUGUAUGUUUUCUUUUUUUUUUACUUCGUAUUAUUAUUAUUAUUUUUUUUUUGCCUCUCCUACGACGAUGACAACGCGUAUUUCGGACGUUUUCCAGUUACCUAUACCUACUUGUCGCCCGGACUAAUCUCUGUAGUCGGGUAAUUAUUCACGUCGUUUUUCAUGUUCUAUGCAUAACUCCUACUCUUCCUCCGAUGCGUGUUUCUCCUCAUCAUUUUUAUUACAUAUUUGUGCAGCUGCAUAUUUACAGUGUACGGUCUUUUAGUGCGGGAUUUUCCGUGAAUAAUCAUAAUCAUAAUAUCGUAUUACUUUUAAUAAUGGUGACCACAACAAUAACUACAGUGCUGCUGCUGCUCUUGAUGCAUUGUAUUUCCGUCUCGCAAGGCCGACCACACCAAACAUUACGCUGUUAUUUCACUACCAACCCCCUCCUCCUCCCCUUCGUGAUCUAAUGUAGUUAUCGUCAUCGAACCCGGUCGACCACCAUCAUCACCACAACCCUCGUGGGUCGGACAUCACGUGAGAUUUAAUUAUUUAUCCCGUGAUGCGUAUAGGUUAUAAUAUUAUAAUAUAUAUAAUGUGUUACAAUAGUACCGUGCAAGAGUAGCUAUAUUAUAAUAUUACCACCGAGACGGCUGAUGAGGACGUGCGUCAUACGUGCGACGGACGUCCUGCAGUGACUGUCUGUUUACAUUGCCCGCGAGUCCUUGACGCGAAAGAUCGACGUGUGGCCUGUUGUGAUGCACGGAUUUCGAUCGAUAUCGAGGGCUAUUGUGUCGUCAUGAUAUUAUUAUUAAGUAGUAUAAGCUGUUCGUCGACUAUGAGUGAGUUUCCUUCAGCACUACUUACCGAUCGAAAUGGCCAAAGAUGUGGUCGAAGUAUAUUAUAGUAUUAUAGACUGCAUUUUAAAGACAGGUAUAGACAAAUAUAUACUGACAAUUUUUUCCAGCAUAUCGAAAUGAUACCACUAUAUGAUCAAAUCAUCAAAAUGUCGAAUACUUUUAUAUUAUACUAUCAUAAUAAUACGGCUACUAAUAUAAGAUAUCUUAUCAACCAGCUAAAUACUUAAAAUGUCUCUGGUUCAGAUUUAUUAAAUCCUUCGAACAUUUUGUGUUAAUUCUAGUCGAUUUAUUACAGUUAUAUCUACGGGUGUAAUGUUUACGAUAAUAUUAUGUCGAAACAAACAGGUCACGGAUAAUGUAUGCAAUUGAUGUUUUAUUUUAAUUUCUACGCCGAGAACUAUGCCGUACGAUGAUUAUUUGAUCACAAUCAAUAUCACUCAGUGUGUGCAAUCGGUUAUCCGUAUUAUUAUAUAAUAAUAUUAUAAUUUCAUACUUCUGUGUAUUCGUUUUCCUACUAUCGAACCCUCGUGAUAGCAGUAGGAUUCGGAGGAUGUAAUCGUUUACAAACAGUAUAUUGCAUACAUUGGUCUAGAAAAAUGUUUUAUUAGUCGAAUUUCAGGUAAAAAAAUACAAAUGUAUUGUUUAAUUUGGCUUUAAAAUCCUUUAAGAUUGUUGGCCACCACCGUCACUGUCCAAUUUAACUGUCAUCUUUCCAAUUCGUCACUUUUAGUUUUUCUAAAUUCUUUCAUAUCUUAUCUACCCGUCAUUCUUUGCGUCUUUUUCCCAACGGUUCCCAUUCGUUUGCUAUUCUUACACUCGUAGUUUUACUUUUCGCAUCGCGUAAUCAAACCCUACAUUUCUCCUUCUACGCCACAUGUUUAAUUCACUAUCAAACACUGUCUUUGCACUUUAUUUGCACACAAGCUGUAUGGUAUAAUUUUUUUCUCAGUUGUGGAGCUGUGGACAACAUAUUGCAUCCACAAGUCUUAUUAUGGUCGUACAUAGCUUAACCAAAGUCCCUCUAUAGAGAACUCGUUGCAAAUUCACUGAUGAAAUCGACCCCUGAGAAGUAGUGUAUGGUAUAGUAUUCGGAAAUACCGCGCGCAAUGGGAGAUUAUUAUUUAUUGCGAGAAUGCCUAUACGCGGCCAUUGUGCGCGCGAGCGGUGUUACUUAAUAUUAUUAUAAUGUAUUAUCGCAUAUUCAACAACACCUAUAAUACAAUCCGUCGUUGUCAAUAUAUUGUGUUGGUAAAAUAGUGCACAGUCUGCGCAACAGCGAUCGUGCAUACGCGCAAUUUAUGUAUAAAUCGUUUCGAUGUAAUUGCUGCAAUUUGUGUUUCGUCCGGUGUUUUCGCUAAAAAUAUAUACUAACAUUGCAGGAAAACGCACCGUAGACUUGGUCUUGCGUGACGAGCGUGUGCAUUGCAUAUCAACGUACCGUACCGUUUUUAUGGCAAGACGUGAACUGAGCUGGUGCUGUGCGAAGAGGAAGUGGUGAACGGUAGGAGUAGGAGGAGGAGAAGGAUAAGCAAGAAGACUUGAGGAGAAGGGGAUGGAUACUGCGAGGACAAUUAAAAUACAGUCGUGUAUACGUAUAUAUAUAAUGACUAAGGUGUAUAUAUUAUUAUCGUUAUAUACUCGUAUUUUAUUCAUUGUCAGUGCGGGAAAGUAUAUAAUGUAUACGAGUGUAUACGAAAACGGUUUUUCAUGGGUGUUUUUUUUUGUCUUUUAAUACUCACUCCCGUAGACCUCUAUUAUUCGAAAUUAGAAAUCUCCUCGCUCGCGUUCAAUUAUUUUAGCGAUCUGAUCGCUGCGUCGUCACCGAUUAGUUCACACACAUAGCAAUUUUUAUAUCUACGUUUAGUUCUCGUGUGAGAGCUAGAGGGGAAAAUCAGCUGUAUCGCAGCAGCCAAAUAUUCUGCAGUAUGUAAUUUUCAUAGACAACACAUAUACACGUGUAUAGUACGAAAAUAAAUAAUAAUAUAGUCAAUAUUAUUAGACACAUAGUUAUAUGUUACAUAUGAUUGUGUCACACCACCACACCGGUAACUGUUCAUCGGGGGAAAGUGCGAGCGAUACAUAUAUGUAUAAAAAACAAAAAUAAUACUUAGUAAAACUUAUGUAAUAUGUAUACAUGUAUAUAUGUAUAUAUAUGUUUUACUAAAUAUUAUUUUUGGUUUUUUUGAAAGCAAAAAAAAUUACGCGCGCAAUAACCAAAGGUAUUUAUGGACGUUUGUGGUUGUAUAGAUACACACAUAUACGUAACACACGCACUUAAAGAAUGGUUAACCGCGAAAUUCGUGUAUCACAUAUUAUUCCGUGAAAUAUGAUUAACGCGGUGUUUCUGCAGCGUUAAAAUGGUUGCAUGAUGGACCAGAAAUCAUAGUUUGAAUAAUAUAAGUAUAGUGGUUUUUAUUAGGUUUACAUGCAAGAAAUUAUUAGAAAUUUAAUUUGUUUUCAUCAUAUUAUACAGAAGAUACUUUUAUCACGAACCAGCGUUUAUUCACGACGAUUUUCUGUUAUAAUUUUGAAUAAUAUUAUCUUAUCUUAUUUUCUAUAAUAUAUCUGAAAAAUUGAAAACAAAAUUUUCGUCGGUAAUUACUGGUUUAUAAGAUGAUAAACAAACCAUUUGGUAUAUAUUUUAAUAAAAUAGUAUAAUACAAUGUAAAUAUGUUUAAAACUCAACAAAUAUUAUAUUUACAACGUCGUUCAUUCUUCGUACGGGUGUAGUUGAUAGACAGUUUUGUUUUGUUGGGUGUAGUUAACUACCUGCGUUGAAGUCUCCACCAUCCACGUUUUAUUACGAAUUGAUUUUACAAUUGGGUGACAAGCACGCGUCAAAUAAAACAAACCCAGAGUUUACUCGUUCGUGGAGAUAAUAGAUUGUUACAUUAGUGUAUUCUGUUGAUAUUUCUAUAGUAGAUAUACGGCAGAAGCGAAAACAUACCUAACUACGGUGAUCUCUGCUGUUCAAUUUUCGGUAUAAGCAACUCCAGCAGUGUAGAACUUACCAGUGAUGUCUGCAAAUAAACUCACAGCGGUUCACCCAAAAACAUUGGCGAUUGUUAUUGCGUUUAAGGCGAAUUUCGUACCAUUAUACGAUCGGAUAUUCGGUGUUCAUAAUAUUUCUACCGGGGAUAUUUUUAUAAAAAAUUAUCGUAACUUGCCAUAAGCCGGUAUAAUUCCGUUAACACUUUAUUGUGUAUUUUUUUUUUUUGUAUUAUGCAGAGAACACUUAACAAAUAUUACAUGUAUACAUAUUUAAUAAAUUAUUAUCUUUUUAUUUCUCAACCACAUGGGGCCAAAAGUUGAAUACAAUAUUUCAAUUCUUUGGUAACUAUAUACUAUUAUUACUGUUAUCAAAAUAUUAGACUACAAUACAGACUACAAUAAUACCUACUGUAUUUUGACCAAUCCAAUUGCUCAGUACAACACGAUGCUAGCAGAAUACUUAGCUUUAUACUAACCACCUUUAUCAUAAAACAGUAGACCUUGUCAUUCUUUCUUAUCCGUUUUUUUGUAUUUAUACGACCGCACCACGUACAGUCUUAUCUUUAUAAUGUCGUUGCAGUUAGUUAUAACUGCAGGUAGCUGAGUGAUAUUUUUUCAUCGGACAAAUGGGUUUGUCGUGUUUUCGAAAUAUCGCCUAAUACUGUCGUCGUAGUAUAUACGCAGUAUACACGUAUUACGGACCGAUUACUGACCGUGCCAGACUCACAUAUUAUUAUAGAUAUAAUACACGCGUAGGUAGGUAUUAAUAGCGUAAUAAUGACACGUAUAAUAUUAUCGAUAUAGGUAAUGGUAACGACUUAUAUACAUGUGGUAUUCAUAGAACGGUCACUAACUACGAUAAGUGCGUGCGUGCGCUUGUGUGUAUGUGUGUGUUUAUGUAUUUUUGUCCGUGCGUGUAUGACGUGUUUGUGUACGUAUACGUAUGACCAAAUGGUUUUCGACCGGGUAUAUGAUAUUAUUAUGCGUGUGUGUACCUAUAGGUAUACUCGACGCAGCGUCGUGUACCUGAAGUCCCCCUCCACGUUGGUAUAUAAUUGUGUGUGUUCUCCCUGCCGGGUAUAAAACCAGUUAGAGGUCGGCUCCAAACAGAUGGGUGUGACCCGGGGAACCGGGUGAACGAACUCCGUGCGGUUCUCAGGUUGGAUGCAGGUCAUGUCUGUCUGCCUGUUAUCAUCAUCAUCGCGGAGAAAAGAAACCAAAAGUAAGGGGAAAACCGGCACGCGGUAGGCUCGACGGACAUUUUUUUGGGUGAUCUACUUGCCACGAGGUCUUGAAUACAGUGAAAUAAAUAAUAUAAUUGAUAAUCGAUAUGGUAAAAAACAUUUGAAAUAAUAAAUACCAAAUUUCUGAAAAUGGUAUGUUACAAAUUUGGUAUUUUAGGUUGUAUAAUCCUAAUCUUCUGUAAGAAAAACCGUUUGUUUUUUGUGCACACAAUCAAAAUAUCAAAAAUAUUAUCGCAAAAAUAACUCAUACAAAAAAAAUGCAAUUAAUUCUAUUUUUUUAUUUGAUUUGAUAUAUAAUUAUAGGUUUUUUGAAACGAAUUUGUAUAUAAUAUCAGAUUAUCGCAUAUGCACUUUUUUUUUUAAGAAAUACUUACAAAUGCAUCGAGGCCAUGGUAAUAAUAAUGUAACUGGACUCGAUACUACCGUUUUUCAUUACAAUUACAUGAAUAUUAUAUUUAAUUUUGUCACUCGUGCAGCAACAUUAGGUAUUGUUUCUCUCGUCCUUCAAAAUUCUCCGGCGGCGUCGCAUUAUUAUUUGUCAAACGGUGUGUGUACAUUUCCUGCAAUUACCGCGUGUUUGGCGAUGGCCCUUCGAUGUUAACGAGUUACUGUGUUAUCGAUAUCAUUAUUAUAAUAUCGUCCCCGGAAAUUUUUUCGGUCUGUUUAUUGAUAAUCGAACCGUCCAAAUUCCGUAGUACGAGUAUAGAUUAGAUUUUAUUCAGACGAUAGUAAUAAUUGUAUUGGACAGAAAUAAACGACUGUGGAUACAAUCCAUGGCCCGUAUGUGCGCGGUUGUCACGCUACUCUAAAUUUGCUGGUCGACAUAAUCACGUAUCCGCGUGUACACAAAACUAAUUUCACAAGAAUGACCGACUGUCUAUUUUUAACUUUACAAUCUAAAAUUUGAUAAAUUAUUUUAUAAACCCAUCUGCUAAUGCAUCUAAAGCUAAUGAUAUUGAACCCGCAACAUUAUCGUAUGUAUUUAAAUAAUCUGAUCAUUUUUCACCAAAGUAUAGGUUCCAUUGAAGUAAUAUUUACACGCGCAAUUUAAGUAAAAUGUUAUUUAUGAUGUUUUUGCUUUGUUAACACAAACUAAAUUAAUACAAAUUAAAAAGAAUAUUAAAACAUUGAUUGUUUUACAUUUUUAAAAUGUAAGUGGAUAGUUUAAAAUCGACUUAGGCUUUUAAAAUAUUUAGGAAUUGAAUAUAUUCAACAAAUUAAAAAUCUAUGCGAAAAUAAAAUUAUGUACAUAUUUUAUUCUACGUUGCACUAAUCAUAAUAUUUCGUAGCUGGUAAAGUUUCAUUUUGAACUGAUAGAAAGAAAAAGCAAAUGCCUUUCAAAUCUAGUAAUCUAUAGUUACAUAUCUUCAUAAACUAUAUAGUAAUAUUAUAUUAUCAAGUUUAAGAGUAUUGUCCCAUUACUAAAUUAAAACAAUGUACGCAUUUACAGAAACGUUUUGAUAUCAAUUAAGUUGUUCAAAAUUGAAACUAUCGUUUUCUUUUUUUAUUAGCAAUUCUUUUUAUUUUGAUAUUAUAGAGAGAGAAAUUAUUAUCAAACUAAAAAUUAUUACGAUUUUCAUAUUUUACGCAAUGCAAAUGGUACUUGGGCGAUAGUGGCAAUACUUGCGCACUAAUAAUGCGCGUAAGUAAUGUGAGGAUAAAUACUGCGCGAGAAAGUGUAGUUUAAAGAUUCUCGAAACGCGACGCUCUAAAACAGUAUAAUAUUAUUUCUAGAUACUUAUAUAUUUUUGAUUCGAAAAAUGAUAAAUACUACCAGAAAAUAUGUAUAUUUUCUGAGAAUUCUGGCGAUUUCGGCAAAAUGUGUUUUUAUAAUAUAUAUAUUAUACAUGUUAUGCUUUAUCUUCUAGUAUAGCUGUACUCUCUGGGGGUCUUAGUCACCAUUAUAAUAUAACGGCACUUAUCUCUAUCGUGUACUACUGCUUCCUUUUAAUUUACUUUAUACCUAACGCUCUAAAAUCUUCGGUUCUACAAUAUCUAUCAAUUUUUCUUUGGCAGCGGCUUUUUCUCUCGAGGCACCUGUUCGAAGGCUGCUCUUAGUUAACAUAUUUGGUUAAACAAAUUUAUUGCGAUGUACUUUAAUAACAAUAAUAUGUUCACGUCUAUAUUAGUCGAAUACACGAAUAUUAGCCUUAAUGGCCUCUAUAAUAUGCGACGAUGGGUUAAUGUAUUCUCGAGCACACGGCUUGGUAAAAACCGGUGACAAUGACAUUUUGAAACGAAAUGUCUUUAUACCUCCAUUUAUAGUAGAUACCAUACUUAUACAUAUAUUUACUAUAAUAAAUAUUUGAUUUUCGAUAAACAUUCCACUGUAAAUGUAUUGAAGUUUUUUUUUUCAUGAUAUUCGCCUGAAUCAAGUUUUAACGUCCGUGUUUACAGUACACGCUGUAUAUUAUAAAACAAAACGUGUUAGAUUUUUUUUUCUUUAAUUACAAAUUAUAAAAAUAGUUUUGUUUUUUCGUAAAUUCUCCGAACUGUCUGUAUGCAUACGAAAACCAUUAUAUUAUUAUUAUUAUUAUUAUUAUUAUUAUAAUUUACUUAAAUAGGGACCCAUCGAUUUUUUAAUGCCAAUUCGAUGUGUCACGAUAUGUUUCCAUGCCAUUGCCGAUACGUUCAUUAACUAUGUAAUUAGGUACGCAUGUAUAAUAUUACAAUUUCAAGUAUUUAUCUACUUGAUGUGCUAAUAACUAUGACGCUUCAUUCGAAAAGUUUCGGUUUGUAACUUUGCAAACAGAAGCAAAAAAACAAAUUUCAAUUAUUACUUGUUUUUAUAUUUGAUCAAUCAGUGUUUCAUUUUUGGAAAUAUUAAUUUUGUGUUUAACGCUCACAAAAGUUAUAUUUUUCAAAAAUUUAGGAUAGAUUUGCAGUUUUAAUAUUUACGAUGGGUUUGAUAUUUUAAUUUUGAGGAAAAGUUUAUUAACAGUUUUUAAAAAAUACGAAGUACAAAAAUACUGUUUCAAAAUUAGAUUUUUAAAAAUAUCAAACAAUAUUAUAUUAUAUAGAUUAAUAUUUUAUACAAUAUAUACAAAUACAGUACACACGCACGCACACACACACACACACACACACACACACAUACAUACAGUAGGUACCCGAUCGGUUUUCUCUUUUAUGUAUUAUAUGAAGACGAAAACGACGUCUGUGAAAACCGUGUUCUAGUCUAAUUUUAUAGUUUUUUUUUUUUUUGGACAUUUUUACGUUUUUCCAUCCAUUAUUGCAUUACACGUGCAAUUUCUUGAGACAUAACAACAUAUAUAUAUAUAUAUAUAUAUAUAUAUAUAUAAAACAACACGUACCUGGACUGAAAAAAAAAAAAUUACGAAUCAUUACAUUGUUGUUAUGGGUAAAUUUGCUUUCACUCCGGAUGACACCGCUGCGAAGAGAGGUGAAUGUUGCGAGCGUAUUUUUUUUAUUUUUAUAUCAUUAUUAUUAUUAUUGUAAAACUACGUGCGAUGAUGGUUGGAAGAGAUUCUUUGCUGGUCGUCACGAUCGAAGUUUUUGUACCCAUAUAGUAUAUGUGCAAAUAUGACGGAGAAUCAUUUGAUUUCGAAAUAGAUGUACCUAUAUAGGUAUUUCCGACAAAGAGUCAGUACAUUUUAUAUAGGUACUCGGGUACACGAUAAGAAGGAGAACGAUUUUUUUUUUUAAGAUAUGCAAGAUGCCAAAAGAUAAUAAUAUAUGAACACUAUUGUAUUCGGUGAUUGAUUAAUCGCGCGGUAUCAUAUUAUUAUUGUUUAAGACUCGCAUUGUUUGCGCGAAAGGAUUUCGACUGUAUCGUGUUGUUGUAGGUAUACACGAAUUUACUCGUAUUAUUAUACAAGAGAACAGAAAAACCCUUUUCAAUAUUACUUCUUAAUAUUAUUUCAAUCAUUAACUUAAUGCCAAUAUUUUAGAUUCUGUGAAGAAGUUAUUUGUUUUACUAAGAUGUGAAUUUUUCUCGAAAAACAUGCUUAGACUAUUUUAUGCAGUCACUUAAAAUUAUUUUCACUCUGUAGCAAAAUUUUUUUGAAAAAUAUCACUAAAUUCACAACAGCGUUUUUAAAGAAUGAAAAAAAAAUGGCAAUAAAUGUCAUAUUCAAUAUUGUUUUUGUUGAUUUUUAGGUUACUUUGGGUACAAAGAAAAAAAAUACGACUAAUAAAAUUAUAUCCUUUCUAUUUUACUGAACUCUGCUCAGAAUGUUUUUUUUUCUGCUUAAGAUCGUUGCUUUAAAUAUAUAAAUUAAAUGAUCCUUUAUAUUCAAUACUUUUCACACCUCCAACCCACAACAGUGGUCUACCCGUGGUGUGAAACCCGAGUAUACUUUUAUUAUAUUUUGACGAAAUAGUUUGUCAAUAUUAUUGUAAUUGUCCUUGAAUGAUAUAAGUACUCGUUAGUGUAUCAUUAUAAUUUUGUUUUAUAAUUAUACAAAAAAAUAAAUAAAUAAUAAUUUAAUAAAAACAACUAAUUAAGUAGCAUAAGAGUUUUAUUAAGAAAUACGCGCAUAUUUUAAAUUGUCAAACAAAAUGUAUAAUAUAUAUAUAUGAACGAGUAUGACAAAAACAUCUUUUGUUAAAUCGUUUUGUUUAUAACAUAAUAAUAUUCCCCCUCCGAUACCAAAAUAUGUUAUCAUUGUUUUCUUAUUUUUACUUUCUUAACAGUGUAUUAUUUUAUUAUUUUAAAACAAUUUGAUACGGAAAAAAAUAACUAUAAGCAGCAAAAAUUUGUCAAAUUUUUCUUGACCUAUAUUAUAUUAUACCUAGAAAUAUUUUUUAUAAAACAAUACAUAAUCGUAGUAAAACCGUAAUAAAUAACAAAACAAAAAAAUAUUAUAUCUUUGGGGGCAAUCGCCUCAUCACUCCUCUCAAAUCCGCUACUGAUUAUCGCCUCACCAUAUGACUUCUCUGAUAAUUUAAAAUUGACGUCAGAGGUACUUGACUUUUCAGCGACUAAAGGAUUUAUGUUUUCAUUUCGGAGUUAGGCUAUUAAAUUCCUUGAAACAGUAUAACGUUUGGACGUUUUAUUUUCGAUGUUGGUCUUGUUACUUGCUAUUCCCUUAUCAUUUUUUCGACAACUGGAUAAUUCAAUGUAUAAUAUUGAAAACGUUCUAUGUAAAUUAUAGUUAAAAAUUCUUCUUUUAUUUUUUUAAAUUACAAACACAAUAUAUUUAUUAGUUAGGUAUCGUCUAUUAAAUAUACAAUAUAAAGUGUUUACUUGUAAACAGGCCGUAAUAAUAUAUUAUUAUAAUAUGUACUUAUGUAUAAAUUGCCAUACCACUGCAGCUAAAACUUAAUGAAUUAAUAUCGUAUUGGAUUUCAACAUUAUCGUAUUACCUACUGUUUUAUUAUUAUUUAAACGCACGUGAUCGAAUAACGCUAUUUGAUUUUUACUUUAUUUUCAACAAUAUAUUUUUAAAAAGCGUUUGUAUCCUUAACGUAAUUUAAGCUUUAUACAACUGAUAAAAAAAAAAUUGUGCCUACGUUUCUGCAUGUAAUUAUUUAUGCUACAUACGAAUGUAAAAUUGACUAUAUAUCUGUUAAUUUAUGGCAUUCGUGUGUUGCUGCAGUUUAUUAUGAUGUCGUUUAUAUGCGUGCAUCUGUUUUCAUUAUGUGACUUUAAUUAUAUACUUUAGAUACAAUAAAAUUAUAUGUAGUAGGCUCAAAAAUGUGUUAUUUCUCUGAAAAUACCUUGAAAAAUAUUAUUUGAACGGUUUUAAGUUUCAUGCAAAAAUGACACCCAUAUGAUAAUUUUCAGGGAAGAGAAAAAAUGAAACUUAUAGAUUAUAGCUAUACUAGGUUUGUUUUUCUUGAAUAAGAACGAAUGAGAAACAAAGUUAUGUAAGCAUUUCAAAAUCUGUUAAGAGCUGAAAUACGGUUAAGAUCGUCAUUGGUGAUUUUAAUGCUAAAAUAGGGAAGGGACUAUUGUCUAUACCUAUAAUUGGGUUACACAGUGUGCAUAAGCAAAGUAAUGAUAAUGGUCAAAGGAUUGUAGCUUUUAUAAUAUUAAAAUAUAUGACCAUCAGUAGUAUAACUUUCCCUUAUAAGGAUAUUCAUAAAUACACAGAACGGACAUACUUACAAUAAAAUUGACCACUUGCUCAUUGAUAAAACAUUUAGUAUUUUGGUUGUAAAAAGAUACAGAAGAGAGGAGCGGACUGUGAUACUGACCAUUUCUUGGUUAUUACGAAGUUUAGAAAGACGUUAAAGAGCGUUUUAUUACCACAAUGCAAUGUAGAGAAACUUAAGUAUUAAGAAAAAAAUCUUAAAUAUAUAGAAGAACUAAGAUCAGUAACUUUAGUCAUAAAAAUUGCAAAAAAUAACAAUAUACAUUUUUAUCGUAAAAACAAAAAUAAAAUAGACAUUCUUCGGCUUCAAUAAUCAUGAAUUAAAAAUCGUUUUUAUGUUUCAUUUUUUUUCUAGAGUAUGUGCCCCUUUCCCCCUUUCCUUAUGGUUAACUAUGGAUUGAUGUACAACGGUAUCUACCUACCUACCUUCCUUGUGUCUACUAUAAAAUAUAUACCUAAUGUAUACGAAUUCGUACAAGGUCUACGAAUUUCCAAUUCAAGGUCAAUUUACUAUUAAAAAAUAAAAAAUAAAUGAAAGAUUUAGCUGCAUAUAAUAAUAAUUAUAGCCUAUAUGAAUGAAGCACAACGUGGUUUUUGUUAUUUUUCGAUAUUUAAUAAAUGGAAUCCUAUACAUAGUAUAUUCUAUUUAUAUAGAGUACAAGGUGAUCGGGGUUGACAUUUAUAUCCACUUACACUUACAGCCAAGCCUGUUCGAAACGGACAUAAAUAUUUUUAUAACGAUAUACGACCCUUCAGAAUGUCCGCAACAAGGUCAAUACGUGAUAUAGAUAAGAACUCGCGUGUAAACAUUUUUACUAUUAUGUUUUUUUUUUAAUAUUUUGGAUAAAAAUUCAAUUUAAUAUUAUAUGAAUAAAUACAAAUAUUAAUAAUUUUAUAGGACGUGUUUACUUUUUCCACCACGUAGGAAAAACACUUUUUAACUUGAUUUAAUAAACAUUAUGUAGAAAUUUUACAGAUAAGUUAGGUUAGGUACUCGUACGAUCGGUUAUUUUCGGAUUUCCCGUUAUUUUAAUAUUUUAAAAAAUUGCGAACAAAUAAAAAACAACACUAAAAUAAUCAAGAUUAUUCAAGCAAACGUUCACUUUAAAUUUGAAUUCUAAUAUUUCAUAAGUAAAUAUUAUGGUUUUUUCAAACAAAAUUCGAUACGUAUGUCUUUCUCGUUUGAAAUUAUUAACUUUACUUUGACAAGAGAUCUGAUACCAAUAUCUUAUACAUUCUUUUUGGUUUUUUUAAACUCAAGGGCCUUAAAAAUAGUGUGCAGUACGAAUAUAAUGCAUUAGUGCAGCAUGAAAUGGAAAAUUGCGCCGCUAAUUUAUUGUUACUGUUAAUGGUAUCAGGUUACUUAUCUUAAAUAAUGUAACAAUGAGAUACAAUCGUUAUUAUCAGUGAAAUUUGAAAUAGAAGUUCUAAUAUCAAUAUAAAUUAUAUUUUUUUUUUUGUAGAGGGGCACCAGAUUGAAUUAAACGAAAAAAACACCUGCACAAAAUUGUAUUCGAUUUAAGUAAUUUUUUCAAUUAUUUUGUAGGCAGGUACAUUACGAUAUCUAAAUUAUGUUACUUAUAUUAUUUCGAUCCAAUAUAUUUUUAUUUAUAUUUAAAAAGUUACAUACAAUAUUAUUUUUAUCAUCUUAUAAAUUAAAUGAUAUCGUAUAUUAUUAUUGUAUGUUAUUUAAUCUUAAAACUCUUAUUAUAUUAUCUUUAAUCAAUAUUAGAAGGUCAAACAAGUGUAUGUUCUAAAUAUAUCAACCAGACCUUUAACCAAAUACACUAUAAUAUAUUAUUUUCCAUUAAAUAUAUAUAUAUAUAUGUGUGUGUGUGUGUGUAUGUAUUUUAUUUUUUUAAGCAUAUUUAGUAAAUUGUUAACUUAUUUAUUAUAAUGUAUAUUAAUUUUCGUUCAAAAUUGUACUAUAGAAAAUUAUAACAAUCAUUAUAUCCGACCUAUAAAAUUUAUAUUGAAAUAUAUGCGUAUAGAUAGACGUAUUGUUAAUAGAUAAAAAUAUAUAUAGGUAAUAUAAUAUUAAUAUACAAUACAAUAUAGGUAAUAUAAUACCUUAUAGUACUUGAACAAAAAAAAUGAAACGAUUUCUGCUCUUUUAGCUUUUUAAUAAGUUUAAUACUUGUAUUAUAGUUUGUUUAAAUGGUAUUCUUAAAACAACUUCCAACGUGUACGAGUAGAUAUAAUGUCUUAUUGAUUUUUUUAUUCAUAUUUUUUUUUACGCGUUAAUUUCUUGAAACAUUUUAUUUUUUUUUUUUUUUCAUAAUUUGGAAAAUGACGUGCGUAUUUAUAAACAUUUUUCUCCUGAGUAUAUAAUUAUAAAUUGUUCUAUGUACUGCAAUAAAUGAAUAUCAUUAUUAUCAAUAAGGAACGCGUGAAUGGAAAAUGCAAAUUUGAUAAAAGAAAUUUUUUUGUUGGACCAAACGUUGAGAUGUGUGAACUUUUAUAGAAUUCACCGAUCUAGUCAAAUUAUAUACUUCAGUAUAUACCAGGGGUCGGCAAUUAGUUUAUAACGGGGGCCGGGUAAUUAAAAAUAAAGUGUUCGAGAACCAUAUAUUUUUGGAGUUGAGCAAAAAAAAAAAAAAUUCAACCUCUAUAUCUAUUCGAUGUUCCGUAUUAUUUAACAAUUCCAGAAAAAACAUAAAUUUUUAAGUAAAUACAUUGAUUUAUUUUUGUAUUAAAAAUACAAUUAUUAUUAUAAUAAUAUUUAAUUAUUUUAUAGAAUAAAAUAUAUUACAUACAAUUGUAUAAUAAUACACCAAAUACGCCAAAUGCAUCAUAAAUAUAGAUUAGAUUAGAACGCUUGGAUAUUCUGGAUCCGCACAGAGACAAAUAAUGAAAACAACGUUAAAGUAAAAAAAAAGUCCGUUUAUUUCUUCUUUGCAGGUCGUCUAUUGCCUACCCCUGGUAUAUAAUAUACACAGUUUACCAUUAUAAUAAUAAUAUUAUAAUCUUCUGUGCCUAAACUUGCCUUUCGUUCGGUGAACGUUUGCAACAAGUGUCUGUUUGCUUACAGGUGGUCGUAUACGUACUGUAUAAUAAUAUGUACAUGUGAUGAUCUCUCGUUGGAUUAAAGCGAUUUUAUUUAUUAUUUUUUAUAAUCUUUUUUCGAUCGCGUGCUACGCACGCGGAGGACGUUCAGGUUGAAUAUAUAGGAUAUCUGCUUCACCUCUCUUUUAUUAUAGAAUAAUAGUGUUAAAGGCUACACAGGCACUGCAAAAUAUUAUUAGUACACAAACGUACAUUUUAGAGAAAGUCUUCGUCGUUCGACGACUUCGCGUAUUACUGUCGCGUUGCAAUAAAGUAUUACACGGCCACGGAGAUAUUUUGUAUAUUUUUCUACAUACGAGUAUAUUUUAUACAUUAAUACAAAUAGAUUGUUGUUGUCGAGUUUGACCACUGUCUGGAAAAAGACGCAUAGUGAGAUUACUUAUCGCGUUUUAACUUCGACGGCAAAGUAUCGGAUUUUUGAUGGAAAUUUAGUAAUCCGAUCCACUGGAAAUUAUUUUUCUUCGUAAGACUAGGCGAUAAUAAUAAUAAUAAUAACAACAAUAAUAAUAUGAUAUUAUUCAUUAUAUCUACUAUUAUAGACGUGUUCGACUUGAAAAAUAAAAAAUAUAGUAAAGUGAUAAGUGUAUAUUAAAUUGCGUUCUUUAGAAAAUUUGGCUUGUCGUGGUUCAAAUUAUUAAUUAUCUUUAUUAGAGAUUGGACAUUGGACAUAUUUUUAAAUUGUUUUUAGGGACUUCAGAUGUUCUCCUGCACCGUGAUGCUUCAAUGAUCAAAUGUAGUGAAAGUUCAUAAGACUUGCACUUUCCGUGAUAAAAUUUUCAUUUUCAGAUAUUUGAAAAAAAAAUGGUAGAUCAACAAUAGAUAUUGGUACAGUUAAAACUAAAAAUUAACCGUCGUCGAUUUUUACCUGCUAUACAAACGCCAUUAUUGCAAAUCUUACACUUUCCAUAUAUUAUAUGCGUUGCACUUAAACCUAAAUACGUGACAAAUUAUAAUCGGGAUAUUCCGAAUCGGACAUAGAACUGUAAUAUUUAUACGAUCGCGUAUAGAGUUUUGAUAUAAUAUACCUAUGUGUUUGUUUCGAAUCGAACUUUUCGAAUUGUGUGUGCGCGUGUGAGCUGCGUGGGCUCGUUCACACUAUAUUGGGUUAAUUCGUCGCCGACCUAAUUUGGUGAAAUUCGGGUCAAUAACAAUAACACUGCACUGCACUAUAAUAAUAAUAAUUAUUAUAAUAAUACGUAAUAUACACUUAUGACACGAAUUUUUAUUAUUUUUUUUUUAUUGGUGCCCAAUUAUAAAGUGCAAAACGAAAUAAAAAAAAAAUCGUAUAAUUUUCCCCUAUAAACAAUAAACGCGGGCCGCCCGUUCCGUAUAACGAAAAAAAGGAAAAAAAAAUUGAUGUUCCAGUCGUUGCAGGUUCGUAACCCGCGUUUCUUUUGUCGAAAAUCGCUCGCACGAUAUUCGUCCGUCGUCGUCGAAUACGCGUGUUAAAUAUCAUCACGAUCGUUUUUUUUUCUACAAAAUUUUAUAGAGACGUUUGCACGCGCGUAUAAACGGUCGUGUGAACGUGGGCGUAUACCGCGACCCCGUUACCGGGCGCACUUUGUUGUCGUUAUACCGGCGCGGUUCCGUCACGAACCUCACCGGAACACUUCGGCUACGGAUUAGUGGGUAUUCCUGUAAUAACCGAACGCGGUUAUCGGAGACGAACCGAAAUCCGACUAGGUAUGACGCCACCGCGGCGUUCGCACAAUAACCUCGGAAAACUGUAUUGUAGUCUCUACGUAUAGUCCCAUGCUAUACGUUCGCCGGUCUCGUUGGUUGAUACGAAUUUCCACGGUUUAAAAAUGUGAUAAUCCCGAAAUAUUGACAAUGUGUUUGCUAUCACGGACUACAAGAUAUACGAGACUGAGAUAGCUUUGGUCAGGGGGGGAGGCAUUCUCGAGUUUUACCAUAUUCAUUUGAUUGCGUGAUGUCGUGUUCAAUGGUAGAUUUGGCCGCAAAAAGUGCAUUUAAUAUACGAUAUACGGCCAGUGGUGGCUCAAAAGGGAUAUAUUUGAAUCACGUGAUUUAGAAAAAAAGGGAGAGGGUGGGUAGUGGAUGCCUGGCUGUUCAGAAAUAUGUCAACAAAUAUUAAGAUUUAACAAAAUUAAAUUUGUUAAAUUUCAAUAAAUUUGUGGUAUUCUGAUUUGGGAUGGGUGGGUGGAAAAUUAAAUAGGUGAUUCAAGGUAAAAAUAUUUUAAGCCACCACUGUAUAGCGCUAUGUAGGUAUACAUCCAUUUUAUACUUGUGUAAGCAUCAAAGGUCCACCGAAAAAGUCUUCAACGUGAAUUCCGUAUGUUUUACUCCGCGUUUGACAAAAUACCCUAUCCAAUUACUAUAUACCUCUAAUUCCUGUGACGUGGUUUCCCUCUCCCCAUCCGACCGUUUGGGACCUAUACACGUUGUAGUUUUUAACCGAUUAUACGUUUUAAGAAUAACAGAACAAUGCAAAAUACUCGUAUAAAUCAAAUUAAUUUUCUCGUUAUCCACUAUAUUAUGAUACAUUUUAGCCACACAAUAUUCAAACCAGCGAUACUAUAGCGAAUAGAUAUAUUACAGCGAUACUAUAGAUGCUUUGGAAACACGCAACUUGAUAUAUUUAUUGACCUUUUAUUUAAUCGUCGGAUGCAAUAGUGAUUAUCGUGUGAACGUCAACCACGAUGUGACGAUUAUUUUGCGAGUUGCAACGCAUUAUUAUGAUAUUUGUUGACGUUCUUUGACUCUCGUGAGGUUCGCUUGGGUGUACGUGUCGUUUAUCGUCUUGCCAGGCGUACCCAAAACGGCGAAAAAUUUAUUUGGUUCUGUUUCAAUUGCCGUGCCGGUGUUUGAAUUUGUCCGUCACGCCAAACGCCCGAUUUAAACAAGUAGUAUCAAUAAUAUAAUCAUCUGAACCCCCCCCCACCCUAAUUUUGAUAAAUAUCUUAAUAUUAUUCAUGUACAAUAUACAUGUUUGUGCUAACCGAAACGAAAGAGCCAUUUUAAUUUUGUAGAUAUUUUUUUAUCGAUCAUUAUUACUUAAGACAACGCUCGUGCUCAAAAAGUAUAGUCAGAGCAUAUGGCUUGUUAAACUGGUUUACGACGCCAAGAGCCCAUUUCAGAAAAUGGCGAAAUUGAAAUUUUAAAUUUUAACGAACAUAAAUAUAGGUAACUGACUAUAUGAUCCAAUUAUCAUUCGAAUUUUUGAACGGCCAUGAAGCGCUUUAGGGCGGUUGAUAAACCGCUUUAGCGCGGUGAAAUUUCGGUAAUUUUAUUAGGUCCUUUUUCCAACGAUAACUCUGACUCAAAAAUGUGCGUAAACGUGUGGGUUUUAAUUAAUUUUUUUUUUUUAUGUUACAGGCGCUACUACUGAAACGUCAACCGGUGCUAGCGUGCUGAUGUCGAUGACGUGCGGCCCGGGCUUUUUCCGGUGUGUGGACGGCAAGUGCAUAUCGUCAGACUUGCUGUGCAACAUGCAAAAAGACUGUGACCGGGGAGAGGACGAGUUCCAAAGUUGUCGUAAGUGUUUUAGUUAUUUUUUCUACAGUACCUAUAUAUUUCACGAUCAACAUUUAGACGAUAAGAUUUAAGCAAUUGUUUUCCCCUCUCACAGCUCCACCUGAAUGCGAGCCCACGUUGUUGCCGUGCCGACAGUACCACUGGAACAAGACGUACUGUUAUCCACCUCACUAUAAGUGUGACGUCACGGUAGACUGCGUGGACGGUUCCGACGAGGCAGAUUGCAGUAAGUACAAUUUUAUAAUAGUCGACUACAAUAGUAUUACGGCUAUAUGGAAUGGAUUUUGAUUUAGUAUAUGAAUAAAAAAAAUAUAUAAAUGUUGAAUACAUUACAUUUUAGAUUUUGAGCGUGGCAAGGAUUUUUUUUUUUUACUUUGAUGUGUGCUUUUUUAAUAUUUGUUUUUUUAUAUGAAAACAUAAUUCGUACCAGAAAUCUUGAUUUGAUUAUCUAUUAUACAGGUGAUUUCUAUUAGGAAAUUUUGUCUAGCUGGUAUAUUAGGAAGACCAUUUUUUGAUUUUUCUUGUAGAUUUCUGAAAAUAUUUAUACGUAAUUUUUUUAUAAUAAUCUUAGAGACCAGAAAUUUUUACCGAAUACUUAUUUUUACACGUUAUAGACGUAGAGUAAUUUUCAAAAUAGUCUGGCGUAUUUUGAGUUCUUAAUAGUAUUAGAUAGUAAUUAAUUGAACUUGUUGUUACAAAUUUUGAAAUUUAUUUUCGUCAGAUAAUAAGUUUAAUUUUAUGUUGAUAUUCGUUCGAAACACAAUGAAUUAAAUUGCAUUUUGUAAUGCAAUAGAAUUUAUGUUAAUAAUAAUACAUAUUGAUAAAAUGUUAAAUUUAAAUUUAUUAAAACAUGUUUAACCGAACUUCUCUCAGAACAGUUUUUCGUUUGUAACGAUUCAUCGUUACAUAAAUUCAAUUAUUCUGUACAUCCUACCUUCCUAACUUUUCAUUUACAACAGUAUCCUAUCAUAUGAUGGUGCAAAGUAUGCGGACUUAUUUUCAACUCCUAAUUAUUCUUCAUAAUUUCGUAAUAUGGAAUACAGUUUAAAAUUUCGUUUAAUCUUACAGUGUCGCAUCAUAAAACUCUAAAAUAAACAUGAAAAUUGUACCGUAAUAUUAGCACGCUUAGUGCUUACGCUGAACAAAUAAUAUGUAUUUAUUAGAAAAAUAUUCCAAUUAAAAUAAGCAUCAAUUUAUUCGAAAUAUAACGUACUGUUGAAAAACGUUUAUAUUAUAGUAGUAAAACGGCAAAGAAAUAUUUAUUUAAAUUCAAUUUUGUCCCCGAACAGUAUACGAAGUAUACAUUUACUGUCAACGAAAGUUAUUAUUUACGUAAACCUCCUCGUGCUCAUUACACACAAUAAUAAUAAUACGUGUACACGUUAAUCAUUAAUCAUCAAUUCAGCUUAGAUUUUUGAUUUUGAAACGCGAUUGGGAAAUUCCUUGUCCAUCGUACCGAAAUGUAUGCAAUAAUUCAAGUGUUAUUUCACCAAGUGUAUCGCAACGGAAUAGUAACUUGUAUCGUAUUAUAAGUGUUGCUCUUACGUUUUAGAGGACGUCCCACCAAUAGCGGUAUAAACGUGUUUAUGAAAGAUGUUUGAGAUAAAAUAUCCAUUAUAAAAAGUACAAAAGCCAAUAUUUCCUAAGUAACCUCAUAACAUAAUAUUUUAUUAAAAAAAUAUCAACCCGGAAAAUAGAGGUACCUAACCUACAGAGAUUUCUAAAAUAAUGUAUAUAUAUAUAUAUAUAUUUACUAUUUUCGCAUUCAUGAUAUUCACCUAUAUGAGGUUCCCUCAGAAAUAUUAUCAACUAUCUGUUUAAAUUUUUCCCCCAAAAACACAUUGAAAGAUACGUUUUAUUUUGUAACAUUUUUUCAUAUACCCAAAUUACCGAAGUCGUCAAAAGUUGGCGAGCAGUGAUCGCCUCGUAUUAUAAUAAUGAGUAAUAACUAAUGAUGAGUAACUUGUGUUUUUCAUUACAUCUUGACUACAAUCCGUGUGACUUGCGAUACGAAAUUAGUUGGGUUAAUUAUAGUGUUUGAAAACAUUUUCAUCCGUGUGCUGCCGCCGGUGGAAUAAUAAUUGUUGCAUAGCGAAUCGUAUUUUAAAAACAUAACGGUCCUCGGAGACGGCCGGAAUUUCACGAACAAAAGUAGAUUUGAAUUUUGCCGGUCGUUUAUGUGCGUGUACCCAUUAUUAAAAAGAUAAUAACUAUACGAGCUCAUGUCGGAGAAUUUUCGGUGAGAAAAUUGACGUAUUUAUAUCUGUGGAUUGGUGCAAGAAGGGUCAAACUAAUUUUUUUUUAAAAUAAAUAAAUUGAAACUGGAAGUUGAAAAAAAUUAUUUUAUUUUCAAGAAUUGUUUUGAUGAGCGUAGUAUUUUAUUACGCGUUUUGUAAAUGACUUGAACUUUAAUAAAUUUGACGAUAAGUUUAUACAUUUAAAUCGUUUUAAUUUUGUUAUAUGUUAAUUUGACGAUGCCCGUCGACCUUAAACAGUUAAACAUUCGUGCCUAGUUCGAAAAACUAGAUAUAGCGAGAUCAGUAGUGAAUCGUUAUUUACAUAAUAUUGUUUUAAUUUUAUGAUGUGCCGAAACGGCUACAAAAUGAAAAGUAGUGUGCAACACGAUUGCGAACGUUUUACAUUUUUUAUAACACAAUUAUUGCGAACGAAUGUCGUUUAUCAAAGAAUUAUUUUUUUAACUGAAAACGAACGGAUUGCAAAUCGUUUUUUUUAGGCUACGUUGACAAGUUUAGAUAGUGUAUAUUUUUCUGAAUAUGUUUUAUUUUAUUCGGGGAUUUAAUUAUAAACAAUAAAACAUAUAAAAAAUUAAAUAAAAUGAUACAAAAUAAUAAUGUUUAAAUUGUUGAUUAUUGAAAAUUUAUCUUAUCGCAUGGCGUAAUAACAGAAAACCAUUGUUGGUAACCUUAUAAAUGAUUUUAUUAUAUGAAAAUAAAACAAAAUUUGCACAAAUAAUGUUAAAUCCAUUUGUUAUAUAAAUAUAAUUGAUAAAAUUAAAUCUGGUAACGCCGUACGAAAAAAAAGCUGGUAAAAACGUUCGCAAUCGUGCAUCACCCGAAAAAUAUUAUCUUCUAUAAGUAAAUAAUAAUAUUCUUUUAGUAUUUAAUAUCCGACAUCAUAGAUCACGAUUUUUCACGUUGAACCCAUUGACUUUACAACACGUCGUAAUUUGCUCAUAAUAAAAUAUGUACGCUAUAUUAUUAUUAUUGUGCUUAGCGUACCGAAAAUGUCAGACCGAAGACUUCCGGUGUGAGGUGAACGGUCCGGGCAGUGGUCCAUGUCUGCCCAAGUCCAAACGAUGCGAUGGUUAUUAUGACUGUCGCAAUCACAAAGACGAGGAAAACUGCAUGCCAGCCAUCAACGUAUCUUGUCCAUUGGACAAAUUCCGGUGUGCAAACGGACAAAAGUGUAUCGACCCGAAAUUGAAAUGUGACCAUCAAAACAAUUGCGGUGAUAACAGUGACGAGGAAGCCUGCAGUGAGUCUACAACGAUGAUGUUAUUUAAUAUUAUCGAUUUUUCUAAUUGAUCAAUGUACGUAAUUUUGUUAUUUUCCCAAGAUUUCGCCGCUUGUCACGUGGGUCAGUUUCGGUGCAGCAACGGUCUUUGCAUUCCGUUAAACUACCAAUGCGACGGGUACGCAGAUUGUCAGGAUGGCACCGAUGAAGUAAAUUGUACCGCUUUGGCUUGCCCGGGCAAAUACCUAUGUCCACAGGGGGGACCAAACAAACGGCCAAAGUGUAUAAAUAAGUCGCAAUUGUGUGACGGCCAUAAAGAUUGUGAGGAUAACGCCGACGAAGAAGCUGCGUGUUGUAAGUAUGAACAAUUAAUAAAAUUGUCAUCAUAAUUUUACAUAAGGUUCGAUGAGUUUGAAAAGGCUUAGUUGUAGGCAAAAGAUAACGGAGAAAUUCUGUUUGUAGAAUGUUAAUUCUAUUCUAUUAUAGUUUGUAGAAUGAGUUGUGACUGGAUGAAUAAUAAAAGGAAAGUUGUUUAAACUGUAAGACCGGCAAUGAUUUAAGAGUUUAAGUGUUGGACAUUUGAAUAAAUCAAAAAACCCAAAAAAGUGGGAAGUAGCAUAAAUGAGACUUUUAAGGUAGAUGUGCGUGGUUUAACCAGGUUUAAUAGGAUUAGGAUUUAAAUUUAAAAAAAAUGAGAGCUUUUGAAUUGUGACGGAUACAAGAGUAGCCGACCCCACUUGCGUGUGAUAAAGGCGAAGGAAUGAAAAUAAAAGUAUCAUCAUAUUUAACGCGAGAGAAAAUUAAUUUGUAUUUUGGUUUUACAGCGACGUUAAGUUGUCCGGCGUUAGGUUGCGAACACAAGUGUCAGGCUUCACCAACCGGUGGCGCGUGUUAUUGUCCCGACGGACGGAAAAUCGCCAACGAUUCAAAAACGUGUGUCGGUUAGUAAAUAAAUAAUGAUAGUUACGUAUUUGAUGGUCCGUGCGAUAUGUGAUGCUAAUAUUUUAAUCGUGUAUUUUAGAUCGUGACGAAUGCGCUGAGUGGGGAUUCUGUGAACAACAGUGCACAAAUACCGAAGGAUCGUACGUCUGCACUUGUUAUCCCGGAUACGAACUGAUAGAGAAGAAAAAGUGCGUGGCCAGCAAUCGGACUCAAUCGUUUCAAAUCUACUUUGCUCAAGACAGAAACCUCAUGAAAAUGGACUCGAAAUACCAAAAUCAAGUGGUCGUCACCAACGCAACGUCUGCUAGUGGCAUGGACUUUCAUUAUGCGCUCAACACGCUGUUCUGGUCCGAUUUGAAAUUGAAAAAAAUCAAAUUGAUGCAACUGUUGGACACAAAAAAAUUUAUCCGUGACGGAAACGCGUUGCCUACUGAAAUCACGUUGCCCGGCAUGUGGGAACCGAUAUCGAUCGCGGUGGACUGGAUAGGAAACAAACUGUACGUGGUGGACGGGGUGGGCCAGAAAAUAGAUAUGUUUGAGCUAAACGGCCGGUUUCACGCUAUCGUAUUAAGCAGCAACUUGACUAAUCCAUCAGAUAUCGCGCUAGAUCCGACCCAAGGUUAUAUGUUCAUAGCCGACGGUAAUCAGCUGAUUCGGGCCAACAUGGAUGGUAGCGAUACCAAAGCCAUCGUCACUGAUGCUGUGUACAAAGCUUCUGGGGUUUCCGUGGAUAUUCUCGACGAACGACUGUAUUGGUGUGACUCGCUGUUGGAUUAUAUCGAAACCGUGGACUACGACGGUAAUGACAGACAUUUGAUAUUGCGGGGACCUCAAGUACCAUCGCCGUCGCGGCUCACCGUAUUCGAGAACAGGGUGUAUUGGUCAGACGGUACUAAACAGGGCAUAUUGAGUGUCAACAAGUACGACCCCACUACCGUUUCGUCCGUAUACAAAAAUCGAGACAUCAAGGAUCCAAAAUCUGUAAAAGUUGUUCAUUCGUUAGUGCAAAGAGAAGGUAAGCGAAAUUUUACUGUUGAUAAAAAUAACCCAACCAAUGAAUUAUGUGUAAAAGCAACGAAAUAAGUUUUAUUAUACUAAAUCAAAAAAAAAAUGUUAGGUGUUAAUAGUUUUUAACGGAUUUUUAUGUUUCACGCAGUACCGUCGCCUUGUGCCAUUCAUAAUGCCGGUUGUCAACAUAUGUGCGUUGUGUCUAGGAGUAGUGACAAUUCGUUGGCGUAUAGGUGUGCUUGCAAUAUGGGUUACCAACUCGCGAAUGACUUACACAAUUGCAUCGGUGAGUGUUAAUAUUAUAAUAUAAAUGUGUGUGUAUAUAUGUGUUUUCUUAAUUAUUACUUAAUUGUAUGGUAAUGGAAAAUGGUUUUUUAUAUUUUGUUUGUUUGUUUGUUAGUGGUCGACGAUUUUUUAUUGUACUCGCAACAGAGAUUCAUCAAAGGUAAGGUGUUAAACAAAGUUUCACAAGGGUUCAGCGACGCCAUACUACCGGUAUCGUCGAGAAGAGCCAGGUUCGUGGGGCUGGAUUUUGACGCUCGCGACAAUUACAUUUACUACUCAGACGUUCUUCAGGACGUUAUAUACAGAAUACAUAAAAAUGGAACUGGUAAGUGAUUUACCGCGCGGGUUAAUUACUUAUGCCAAACGCGUAUUAUAGUAAGAGCACACCCUGAAUGACUACGGAAAUUAAUAUUUUCAGGCCGAGAAAUCGUUUUGGCGUCGCAAAACGAGGGCGUGGAAGGACUGGCCGUCGACUGGGUGGCCAAGAAUCUGUAUUAUAUCGACAGUAGAAAAGGAACGUUAAACGUGUUGAGCACCCGGAACGUUACCAACAAAAGAGUGCUGCUGAAGAACAUGAAAAGACCCAGAGCAAUUGUCGUACAUCCUAAUAAAGGGUAAGUGCUUUUACAUGGAUAUGUUGUUGAUGGAUUUAUUGCAGUAUGACUAAUGAUCAUUGACCAUUUACAUUUUCAGAUUUAUAUUUUUCUCCGAAUGGGAUCGGCCCGCCAACAUUAGCCGUGCUUAUACUGACGGUUCGAAUUUAAUCGUGUUCCGUAAUAUCACUUUGGGUUGGCCCAACGGUCUGGCCGUUGAUUUUACGUCGGACCGACUCUAUUGGUGUGACGCGUUACUGGACCACGUUCAACAUUCUAAUUUGGACGGCACGGACGUAAAAACUAUCAAUUCUACAUUGAUCAAACAUCCGUUCUCGAUAGUCACACAUCUCGGUAAAAUUUACUAAAUACUUGUUUCUUCUUUUUCUUCUCUUUUCGUUGCUGUUCUCGAUUUUUAACGGCCAUCAUCAUAUAAUUUUGUUUUUCACGGAAUUUCCAUUCAAAGACUGCUCUUAGUGGUUUCUUUUCUUUUCUGAGCAUAGUAAUAUUUUCUGACUAAAGUGAUAAUCACUCAAAUAAUUCAUAAUUUGUGCACAGAUUACAUAAAUAUAUUUAUUGUGAUCUCAUUCAAAUAUAGAUUGGAUGUACAUUACGGAUUGGCGACUGGACGCCAUAAUUAAAAUUCAUAAGUUGACUGGUGUAGUGUCUAACAUAGAAGUACGAGAACCACAAAAUAACCGUUUGUACGGCGUGAAAAUAUACAGCGAACAAGAACAAAAAAUUGAUUACUCGCAUCCUUGUUCGAGCCUCAAAAACUAUGGGGAUUGUGAAAAAUUAUGUUUUGCGAUCCCGUCCAAUACGUCAGUAACGCUCAAAACUCAAUGCGGAUGUCCGUACGGUGAGAAGAUCGACACAGACGGAAAAACGUGCGUGCUCGACCCCAACGCUGAGCCUCCGGUGACGGCUUGCCCGAACACGUGGGACUUUACUUGUAACAAUAUGCGUUGCAUACCAAAAGCUUGGGUGUGCGACGGUGAUGACGACUGUCUAGACAAUUCCGACGAAGAACAAAAUUGCACAAGUAAUGUUCACGUGAGAUUGAAAUCCAACCGGAUCUAAUCAAAAACCUUUUUAUUCUUCGGUUACAGAACCGACUUGUGCUCCGGGCGAAUGGCAAUGCAGUUCGGGCCGUUGUGUGCCGGGCACGUUCAAAUGUGACGGCGAAAACGAUUGUGGCGAUUACAGCGACGAAACCGGCUGCACGAACGUAACGUGCUCUGCGACACAAUUUCUGUGUGAAAACGGCCGUUGCAUUCCGUCUACGUGGAAAUGUGAUUCGGAAAACGAUUGCGGAGACGGUUCGGACGAGGGAGAUUUUUGCGCAGAAAAAACUUGUGCAUAUUUCCAAGUAAUUUUUUAUGUUUUAUUUAUUUAUUUCAGCAUAAUUCAGUUAUAAUACAAUAAUAACAAUAAUAAUAAGAGUUGAUACAUAUACCAACUGAGCUAAGCUCGUAUCUAGUAUACGAAGUUCCUAGAUAAAUAUAAUAAUAUACAGGGUGAUUCACUCGCCCCAUUUGUUAGGUUAAAUUUUGCAUACACCAUGCAUUCCGUUUAAUGUGGCCACCGAUUAAUGCGGACAGCCGCCUAAUAUGUGCACAAUGGUCUAGUCCUAAUUUAUAACGAUACAUAUUUCGGUUAAAACGGGCAACCGCUUAAUGUAGGCGUAUGUAACUGGUCUCAACGUGCCCACAUUAAGCGAAAUCCACUAUAUCCAAAUUCUAAUUUUUUGAAUUUUUAAGUGUAGUCAAAGUCGAUAUUUUCGAAUAUUUAGAUUUUUCAUAAAAUUUAAGGAGUAUCCUUUGGUGUUACCAAAUUUGGUUUUUCUAAUGAGAACCUAUAUUAAAAAUUCCGCAAAUAUAUGGAGUAUUACUUUAAAUACAUUUUGGUGUUUAAAUUUUUAAUUUCCAUCAACAUGUUGAUGAGAUAUUUCAAUUUUAAAAUUCACUAAAAAAAUGGGGUGAAUACACUUAGUGAAUCAUCCUAUAUAUAAUAUUUUUAUAUAAUUGAAAAGUUGCCAUAAUUUUCUAGAUAUACAACAGUAUUGAUUAAAUUAUAUUUCUAAUAUUAACAUCUAUGUUUCCUUAAUUAUUUCUAUUUACACAUUUCGACAUUUUAUAAUUUGAUUGAUACAUUUGAUUCUCAUAAGGUCAUAAACUAUUUUGCCAAAUAUUUUUUGUAUAAAAUUGGUAUUAAUUACAUAAUUGGUUUUAUUAGAUUGAAUUCCAUAUAAACUUUUUAUUAGACUCUUUACAUAAUUUUCCAAAUCGUUGAAUAUAGUUUUUACCGUGUAAUCGGGGGAACUUCUUGAACUAAUUAAUGCUGUGUAAUGUGGUUUUAUGUACUUUUCUGUUCUUCUAUCUAUUAUUUCUAUAUAAUUGAGUUGGUGCCUUUGUAUGGAUUUUAUAAGAAUUUGUUUAGUUAUAAUACGUCUUAGUCUUGGCCUUUCGAUUAGUCUGACGUUUUUUUGUGUAUUUUUGUUUCAGUUUACUUGUCCUCGAUCAGGGCAUUGUAUUCCUCAGACGUGGGUGUGUGAUGGUGACAAUGAUUGUUUCGACAACCAAGACGAAGAAGGUUGCCCGCCAAUCACUUGUUCGCCAACACAGUUCAAAUGCGCUGACCUUAGACAGUGUAUACAAGAAACUUACAAGUGUGACGGUAUAUUGGAUUGCAAUGACGGCAGCGAUGAACUCGGUUGUCGUAAGUGUAAACUUAUAGUUAAUACAGUUAAUACAAAUAAUUAAAUUCACGUAGUAACAUACACUAUACAAAUAUUAUGAAUUGUUUAAUAUUAUAGUCUAUUCAUAUUUUGAUGGAAUGUUUUAGUGCUAAAUAGUGCUAAGUGAUGGAAAAAAACAUUCCACAAAUGAUUUUUCUAUCACAUUUCAUUUUUCUUUGUCAUAUUAUUUCUAUUUAUUUCGUUCGCUUUUUCCACAGUGAGGUUAUUAAUUUUUUUUUUUUUAAAAAAAAACAUCUCAAAGUUGUUCACGGAUUAUUGAAAUCCAAAUCAAAUUCAAAUAAAUAAUUACUAAAAAAAUAAUAUUAAUUUUGUCGUAAUUGUAUUUGAUAAUUUAGCAACGUUGGCACCUAAUCAGUGCGAUACAGAAAAACAAUUCCGUUGUGAAAAAUCUGGAAUUUGCAUACCGAAAACUUGGUAUUGUGACGGAACGGCUGAUUGCGAUGACGAUUCAGACGAACCGAAAACUUGUGGAGUAGUUUCAUGUCAGUCGAAUUAUUUCAAAUGUAAUAAUUCGCAGUGUAUUUUCAAAUCGUAUGUUUGUGACGGCAAAGACGAUUGCGGGGACGGUUCCGACGAAGAUUAUAGGCUCGCUUGUACAGCACCACCAUUCAAGUUUGUUUAUUUAUAUUUAUUUAUUUAUUUUAGACUGUUCGCAGUUGAAGGAAAUAAUAUUAUGUAAUUAUAAUUUGAUUACAUUAUUCGUACAGAUGUAUGCCAGGCGAAUGGCAAUGUCCCAACGCGACAAACCGUUGUAUCAACAUAACAAAUAUUUGCGAUGGGGUAUUCAAUUGUCCGAACGGUGCCGACGAAGGACCGAAUUGCGAUCUCCCAGAAUGUGAUAAAGAGGGAAAUUACUGUUCGAACGGAUGUAAACAAACUCCAGUAGUAAGUUAGUUUAGAUUGCAUAGCUAAUAAAACAUUUUACCGCCUUCUAGUUUAUAGUAAAAUAAAACAAAUUAUAGGGACCGCUGUGCACGUGUCCUCGUGGUGAAAUUUUAAACACUACGUACGAAUGUAUGGAUCUAAACGAGUGUGACCCACCCGGUCUUUGUUCGCAACAUUGUACGAAUACUAAAGGAAGUUAUUUCUGUGGUUGUGUUCCGGGCUAUGUUUUGGAACCCGAUAAACACACUUGCAAAGCCUUAAGUAAGAUACUAUAUUGUACCUUUAUUUUUAAUGAUAAUAUUUUAUCUUAAUCGGACAUGAAAUUAUACAAAUUAUUAUAUGUAUAUUUUUAUUUUUGUUGUAGAUCAUAGCGCAGCAUUUCUAAUAAUUUCUAACCGCCAUUCAAUAUUGGUAGCCGAUCUCAAAGAACAAGGUCUUGAACGGGUCCCGAUCAUAGUGGAAAACGUAGUAGCGACCGCAUCAAACAUGCACACGGGCACAAUAUUCUGGUCGGACAUGAAACUGAAAAAGAUAUCGAGGUUGGACAAAAGCAGUGAACCAAAAGAUGUUAGUGAAUAUUACACUCAAACUAAUACAAAUUUAAAAAUGAUAUAUAUAAUACAAUAAUGCAAUAAAUUAUGAUUUUAGAUUAUUACAUCUGGAUUAGAUUUAGUAGAAGGUUUAGCCUACGAUUGGGUUGGAGGACAUAUUUAUUGGUUAGAUUCCCGACUAAAUACAGUUGAAGUGGCCAAUGAAAACGGGACGAAUCGUAUUAUUCUACUGAAGGAAAAUAUAACCCAACCGAGAGGAAUGAUGUUAGAUCCGAGUCCAGGGUAAGAUUGAAAAUAUUUUUAGCUAGUUGUUAAAUCGUAAUCAAAAUAUUUAAAUAUUUUGUAAAAAUUGUAUUAUUAUGUAGCGCACGAUGGCUAUUUUGGACUGAUUGGGGAGAAAAUCCAAGAAUCGAACGUGUUGGUAUGGACGGUACUAAUCGUUCCGUUAUCAUAAGCACAAAGAUUUAUUGGCCUAACGGUUUGACGUUGGACAUUGUCAACCAACGUGUGUAUUUUGCCGAUUCCAAACUUGACUUUAUUGACUUUUGUUAUUAUAACGGAACCGGCCGUCAACAAGUUAUCGCCGGAAGUCACUAUUUGCUUCAUCCGCAUUCACUUACUCUCUUUGAAGACACACUUUAUUGGACCGAUCGACAGUUAAACAGAGUAAUGAACAGAAUAAUUAUUUUUCGUUGAUUAAAGGCAUAUUAUUAUUUAUUCAUAUAUAUAUAUAUGUGUGUAUAUUUUGUAAUUUUAUCAAUAGGUAUUAUCCGCUCAUAAAUUUAAGGGGAAAAAUCAAACUGUCGUUUCUCAUUUGAUUUCACAACCUUUAAGCAUUCACGUACACCACCCGUCUUUACAACCAAUAACGCCAAACCCGUGCGAAAAAGCUACCUGCACACAACUCUGUUUACUAUCGCCUUCCUCACCUAACGGGUAUACGUGUAAAUGUAAACCGGGAUACAUAAUCGGCGUUCUCGGAGAAUGCAUCGAAAGUAAUUUAUUUUAUUUAUUAAUUUAAAUUACUAUUCGUAUGUACUUAAUCAAUACAUUUUUUUCCAGGCGUGUCACCGUUUUUGCUAGUCAUGAGGGGUUAUCAAAUAAUCGACGUGAGUCUGACGCCCGGAGACAAAACUACCGGACACAUUGUUCCUAUUGUCGGUAUUGAAGGAGGUACCCAAGUCGAUUACGAUAACGAAUCUAAAUCCUUAUAUUGGGUCGAAGGGUUGAAAGUGAACGAAGAAGACGAAAGUAUCAAUAGUGUUAAUGUUAGUACAAUUUUAUUAUUGUUUUAUUUUGUUUUUUUUUUUUUUAUGAAUAUCACAUUCAAUUAUGUUUUUGUGAUUUCAUAGUGUACGUUAAUGAAGUCUCCAUACCAUGGAGGAAACAAGUCAUCUUUGUUGGGUGAACUUACUGGCUUUGUGGGUGCACCGUACGUUAUUGCUUUUGAUUGGAACGGUCGAAACUUGUAUAUUGGAAAUCGAGAAUCUUCAAGUCUGGAAGUAGUUAAAGUUGAUGGUACUAACAAAUACAGGAUGGUAUUAUUAUCGAACAAUGGCAAGGAUAUAUCAGUGGCCACACCGAUCGGAAUUGUUUUAGAUCCUAGUGAAGGGUAGGUUUUUAAAUAGAUUUCAUAAUAUUAUACAUACAGUGUAAUUAUACAUAGUUUUAUUAUUUUAGUAAACUCUAUUGGGCCGACCAAGGAGGUUUUGGAGUUCCGCCUAAGAUAGGUAAAAUCAAUAUGGACGGAUCUAAUCCUACUGUGUUAAUCAAUGACGGUUAUACACCCGAAUCGAUAGCGAUUGACUUAGACCAGAAAAAUAUUUAUUACAGUACUCAGUACCCCAGCAGUGUAAAUAAAAUCAAGUUUUUAUAUUCUUAACAGAUGUUGACCAAAUAUAUAUAUUUCUUUUUAUUUUAGAUAAAAGUGAUGAAUGUAAACGGUAUGAAUCACAGGACAUUAAUGACCGAUCACAAUAGUAUUGCUUUCCCGAAAUCGAUGGGUGUUUACGAUCGAUUUUUGUACUUCAUCGACUCUAGAUACGAUCAUCUUGUGAGAGUCAAAGCCGAAGACGGUUCUGGCAUGGAAAAAAUUAUAGAAAAUGAUCCGGAUCUCAAAUCGUUGACCGUCUUUUCACAUAAAUCUAGUAAGUUUUCAUAUAAAUAUUGUGUUGAGACAAUUCUAAAUUUAAAAAUUUAAAUAAAAAUAUUUUAGACGAAAAUCAUCCGUGUGCUGUAACCAUAAACGGCGGGUGCCAACAGUUUUGUAUUCCUAGCGAAAACGGAAAUCGAGUGUGCGCUUGUUCUGUGGGAUACAAAAAAGAACUAGAUAUUAAAUGUACACCACAUACAUCAUUUGCAGUCGUUUCUCAAGUGGACUUGGUCAGAGGAUACAGUCUUAGCGACACGCUCGACGCAAUCGUUCCUAUAUCGGGACCAGGUAAAUAAUCAAUAAUCUGAAUACUUGUUUAGUUUAUAGACUUACGUUGGAUUUGAAAAUAUUUAGGACAUCAUAUUUUACACGUGGACGUUCACGUGGCACAAAAUUGGAUAUAUUGGGUGGAAUUCAACCGCGGAGUAUGGAACGGUAUUUACAGGAUAAGACCCAACGGUACGGAGCUUCAACAUAUUAUCAAAGACGGUAUUGGUUCCAACGGUAUACGGGGUUUGACGAUCGAUUGGAUUGCCGGAAACAUGUACUUUACAAACGUGUUUCCUCACGAAAAUUAUGUCGAGGUUUGUUGGCUGGACGGUUCCAUGCGUAAAGUUCUCGUUAAAACAACAACAGACGCGCCGAAAGAACUAGCGGUCAAUCCGGUCAAACGUUUGUUGUACUGGAUAGACUACGGACAGUACCCAAAAAUCGGUAAAGCGUAUUUGGAUGGAACCAAUUGGAUGCCAAUCGUAACGACUGGAAUAAGUCAGCCCAGAGACUUAACCGUCGAUAUGAUUACGCAUGACGUAUACUGGGUGGAUGCCAGAUUAGAUUUAAUUCAAAAAAUAUCGGCUAGCGGCGGGGAAAGACAAGUAAGCCGUGAAGAAUUUUCGAUGUCAACAUUUUGUGUUUCAACUCUUUAUUUUAUUUUGUUUAGGUCGUACGAAGAAACACGCCGAAUCCAAUGGGCCUCGCUAUACAUUUGAGCGACAUGUAUUGGGUGGAUAGAAAUUUAAAAACCGUGUUCAAAGCAUCAAAAUUACCAGGAAACAAUUCUAUGCCAACACCAAUUAGAACAGGGCUCCCAAGAUUACGCGAUAUAGCGAUAUUUGAUGUUAACACUCAACCUUCGGACGAUUUAAAUUCGUGUUCCCGAUUUGGCAACGGAGGAUGUGACCAACUGUGUUUCUCGUUCCCACCAUCUGUCUCGACCAACAAAUUCUUGUUCCGUUGCGAUUGCGCUACCGGAUCUAUAACGGUCGGCACGGGUACUAAAUGUGACACUGUAUCCGAAUACUUGGUGUUCGCUACAAGAACCGAAAUUAGAUCGGCAAGUUUGGAUCCUUUGUCGACCAUACUGCCAUUCAAGCCAGUAGUACGUAUUUUAAUAAUUCACUAUUAUAGUAAAUAAUUUAUGGAAAAUAAUGUGCGGACUUUUCUAGGGUAAUUUGUCAAACGUGGUCGGUCUGGAUUUCGAUUACGCUGACAAUAAGUUGUUCUUCACACAAAUACGACCAAUGUCCCAGAUAUCAUCAGUGUCGAGUAAUUCACCGAGUAAUAGUCAAAUAAAGACGAUAUUAGGCCGUAGAAUCAACCCGGAAGGAAUUUCAUACGAUUGGACACAAAAAAAAAUUUAUUGGACGGAUUCAUCCAAUAAUUCCAUUUACGCCAUGAAUAUAGAUGGUACCGAAGUAGUAAUGAUAGCUAGAGUUGAAAGACCCAGAGCUAUUGUCGUUGAUCCUUGCAAUGGGUUAGUAGCCAUAUUUUACGUUGAUUUUUUAUAAUAAAGUUAAUUGUUGUUUUCCUAUGAUUAUUUUGUUUAAUUGCUAAAAUAAUUUUUGGUCACUUCAUUUGUUUAUCUAGGACUUUGUACUUUACCGACUGGGGAAGAUUUGGCACUGCCGGCAAGAUUUUCAGAACCACGAUGGCCGGUUCUUUAAAAAAAGCCAUUAUUGACAGAGAAUUGUCGCAACCCAGUGGAUUAACGAUCGAUUUCGAUGAUCAGAUGUUAUACUGGUCGGACGCGGUUAGGGAAAAAAUCGAAAGGUCUAUGCUGGACGGAAGCAACCGAGAAGUGUUGAUAACGGCCACUAUAUACCCGUUCGCGUUAACUGUACAUGGAAAUUAUAUAUACUGGACCGAUCUCCAAUUGAGGGGCGUUUACAGGGCCGAAAAACAUACGGGUGCCAAUAUGAUAGAAAUCGUCAAGAGAUUAGACGAUUCACCCAGAGACAUCGCGAUAUACUCUAAAGAAAGACAAAAAUGUUCGGUGAACCCCUGUUCGAUUAGUAACGGCGGAUGCGCUCAGAGUUGUCAUCCCGGACCCAAUGCCACAGCCGAAUGUAAGUGUGACGAUAACUCGAAACUCGUAAACGAAGGUCGUAUGUGCGUCAACAAGAACAUCACCUGCGAGAAUAAUAAAUUCCACUGUCGAAACGGCAAAUGCAUAUCGCGAAUGUGGUCGUGCGACGGUGACGACGAUUGCGGUGACAACAGCGACGAAGACGUUAAUUACUGCGGUGUGUAUAAUAUUCUACCAUAGCAAUUAUUUUAUAACGGUUUUCAAAAUAGUUAUAAUUAAUGGGAAUUUUAAACGUUAUUUUUUUUUAUAAUACUCACCUAUUUAUAUUUAUAGUUUAAUUAAAACAAUUUGUCGUGUUUUAUUUUUUAUAGCCUACCAUGCAUGUAGUACAAACGAGUUCCGAUGCGCCAACGGACGGUGUAUAUUCAAAACUUGGAAGUGUGACCACGAGAACGACUGCAAAGACGGAUCCGACGAAGUCGGAUGUGUUUAUCCCCCGUGCGCAGACGGAGAAUUUACGUGCGCCAAUUUCAGAUGUAUCGCCAUGUCACAAGUAAGUUGAUAUUUGUAUUUUUAACAAAUAAUAACAGUAUCUAAUAUAUUACGAUAUAUUACAACAUACAAUGCGGCAGUGACGCCGAAUACGCUGCAAAGACGUGACAGCAGUCACACUAUUUUUUUAAGAAUGUGCGAUAGGGGUUGUAGGUGAUGACACUGUGUAGACGUGUAGCUGUGAAUAGGUAUCGUUUUGUUUUAUGAACGAUGUUUCGUUAUUGAUCUAUGAUAUUUAACAAGUACCUAUAUAAAAUAAUAAAAUAUUUGGGUAUUUUUUUUUUUGCCAAUAAAUGGAAAUAUCAAACAUGGAUAAAUAUUUAUCUGAAGAUUUAGGAUUUGCUAUUGGUUUUUACAUAAAAAUGACAAAUAUUUAGCAACUAUAUUAAUAUACAGUGCCUAAUAUUUAUUUGCUACGUUGAAUCUGAUUUCCACGCCAAAAAGUGGUUUGUUAUCUAAUAAUAUUACAAUAAAGGUUCUUAUUAAUUAUAAGGUUAUAUAAAACAUAAUGUGUUUUUUUCGGACAAAUAUUAUAAUAUCCUUAAAUUAUUGAUUUAGAUGGUUACCCAAUUAUUUAUAUUUGUGAAUUUUGCCGCCAUAAGGAUGUCAAUUAAUGCUUAUUAGUUAUUAUCGAAAUUGUAUCAUUAAUUUUUGUCAAAUGGUUUAGUUUUCAUUAUGGCAUUUUAAAUUAGGCAAAAUAUCAAAUAAUAAUAGUACAAAUUAAUUAAUAUUUUCAUGUGACACUUUAUCGGUCUUUCGACUGGUUGUAGAAAAAAGUAUUUAUUAGUAUUUAAUACUCUUGACAUGAAUAAAUAUAGAUUCACUCUGGUGGCUAAAUUCGUCAAUAUAGAAACAUUAGAAACGUAAACAUCUCAGAAUUCGGAUGUAACACUAACACGACUAAAAUAUAACGGAAAUGGAAUAUUGUCGAAUUCUAAACGAACUGUAUAACAUUUUUAAUUCUAGGUAUGCAACGGCGUAAACGAUUGUAAAGACAAUUCGACUUCGGACGAAACUCACGACCGGUGCCCAAAGAAUAUAACGUGUCCGGCAAACCAUUUGAAAUGCGAAAAGACGAAUAUAUGCGUGGAACCUUAUUGGUUGUGCGAUGGCGACAACGACUGCGGUGAUAAUAGCGACGAAGACGCGAUACAUUGUUCCCAGAGAACGUGCCCGACUAACAGUUUCAGAUGUCCCAACCACAGAUGUAUACCGGCCACUUGGUAUUGCGACGGAGACGACGAUUGUGGCGACGGGUCAGACGAACCGCCGGAGUACUGUAAAUCGGAAGGACGGACAUGUUUCGGCGACCUCUUCACGUGCGACAACGGAAAUUGCAUACCCAGGAUUUACAUCUGCGACGGUGACAACGAUUGUUUGGACAAUUCCGACGAAGAUUCAAGACACCAGUGCAGUAAGUACAUAAAUAUAGAGGUAUAUAAAUCAUUGGCUGCAUCCGAGUUAGGCCUCGAAUUCUAAUAGUUUUGAUCGAUAGUGCACUAGUUGGAUCCCAAUGAAUUUUGAGCACUACGCUAGUUGGGUCCCGGCUUUCGGUACUUAGGUAAUAUACUAGUUGAGUCAUGAUGUUUAAUAGCAAUACAUAACAUUUUCCUUCCUAUUUUUACAGAUUGAGGAGUUAGGAUCUAUAGUUCCAGCGAUUUUGUUUUCUGUUAUAUUAUCCAUUAUACAUUUUUAUUUUUUGUAAAAACCGGUCUCCCAAUUUUUUUUUCUGAACUUCUUAUUUUAUUACAAGUUUUUAUUUGAGUAAUUUUUAAAACUUCUAUAAACUGGAAGAUAUUUUGGAUGAAUAUUUUGUUUUAUUUUUCCAAACAUCCAAACUAUUAUUGUUGGUAUUUCUAGACGACUAGUAGGUAUAACUACCUAUUAAGCCGGUCCCACACGACUCGUGUACUCGGCGUAUAAUCUACAAUCGUGAUGCUUUAUGAGUCGUGUAGUAGGUGUUCCAUCGUCAAGUAUGGCGAUUAUUUUCACUUAAAGGAAUUAUAAAUAAUCACGAUUAUUUAUUAUCGUAAUCGUGGAAUUUCCUACGCGACUCGUUCUUGCUCGCCAUUCGCGCUGGUAGCGACGAUAGCGACAAAAUAUAGUAAAUCAGUAAAUAAUUAUUUUUGUCCGAGUAUCCGAGUCGUGUAAUCGGCGAAUAUUCGACAAUCGUACUACUUUGCGAGUCGUGUGUGAGGUAUUUAAUCGUAAAGCACGACGAUUAAUUUUACUCGCCGAGUCACUCGCGGUUUCCCGUCGGUGUCGGAUACACAACACGUAAAUAGUAGUCGCACGUCUUUCCCACACGAAUCGCGCACUUGGCAAUCGGCGCCAAUAUUUAAAUAAUCUUUAAUUAAUAUUAUUUAAUUUUUUAAAAAAAAUUUGUUUAACUAUUUAAAUGUAUAUACCUACUUGCGAAUUGUAUUACUAAAAUUUCAUCGAAAUGGAGUGGUCCAAUGAAAAAACAUUGGAAUUUUUGUCGUGUUUUGAAAAGGAGUCAUUAAUUUGGAAUCCAAAGGACCCAUUGCAUAAAAAUAGAAAUCUCGUUAGUGAUGCCUGGAAAAGGAUUAAAGGUUGAGGUUAGGUGUGACGACACGAGUCGUGUAGGAGCAUUGGCGAUGACGAGCAAAGUAUAUACGAUUGAAAAAUAAUCGGCGAGCACACGAGUCGUGUAGGAGCAACAUAAUUACAAACAUCGCACAUUGUACAAACUUGGCAAGUACACUCGCCGAGUAUACGCUCGCAAAGCACACGGGUCGUGUCGGACCGGCUUAAGAGUAUUGGCGAUGACAAAUAUAGUAUAUACACAAUGAUCGGAUAAUGGUCAACGAGUGCACGAAGAUCGACAAGUGUACAAGUCGUGUAGGACAUAUCGACAUACCGUCAAGUCGAAAUACUCGACGAGCGCCGUAAUUGCGUAUGAUCGCCGGGUACACGAGUCGUGUGUGACCGGCUUUAUACGUAAUAUGUGUAUCGCGGAAUUGCAAACCUUUCUGUUCCCGCAUGUCGAAUUAAAACAUUUUGCUUGGAUUGUCGACUCGAUAAUAUUUUGAUUUUUAUUUGUAUAUUCGCCUUGAAAAUAGUAUAAAGAUCAUAUAGUACCAUUUACCCUUCAGCGCCACUUUAAGUGCUGGGCACGAACUGCAUACAUUUGAAUUUUCGUUUCGUCUUUAAGUCGAUAGAGCGAUAAUUUACAAUGCAUUUGUUAUGUAUUAUUACAGACAACCGAAAGUGUGACGAGUCGACGGAGUUCACGUGUCUAGCGAACAAAGCGUGGAAUCGGGCGCAGUGCAUACCGAAAAAAUGGCUGUGCGACGGAGACCCCGACUGCGUGGACGGCGCGGACGAGAACGCCGCGGCGCUCAACUGUUCGACCGUGGUGAGCUGCAGCGCCGAUCAAUUCACUUGCGGCAACGGACGGUGUAUCAACAAGGGCUGGGUUUGCGACCACGACAACGAUUGCGGCGACGGUACGGACGAGGGCAAGGACUGUCAUUCGCAGUACAAAACGUGUUCGCCGCGGGAGUUCGCCUGUCAAAAUUUCAAGUGCGUCCGGAACACUUACCGGUGCGACAACGAAGAUGACUGUGGUGACAACUCGGACGAGUUCAAUUGCCCCGGCAAGAACGUUACCGUGUGCGGCGCCGAUCAGUUCCGGUGUACCAACGGCCAGUGCAUCAACUCGACACUGGUGUGCAACAAAGUAUCGGAUUGCAAGGACGACAGUGACGAACCGCCACACUGUAACGUUGACGAAUGCGCCAGAGUAGAACUCAACCAGUGCGCACACAAGUGUAUCGACACGCCUACCGGAUUCACUUGCGAAUGCAACGAAGGAUACAAGUGAGUCGCUUCUGUUUUUCAAUUUGUCAAUAUCAUUUUUGUUAUUUUCCUCCGUCCUUGCCUUCAUCCCGACUAUACUUUUAUUCUCAACCUCCACAUCUUCCUAUUCAUAUUUCCCUAUCUAUCACCAUUUCUUAUUCCCUUAUCUACACGUUUAAGUCUAACAUUUUUUUCGUUUGCCUACCUCUUCCCCGGUUUCCAUUUAGACUUAUCUCACCUAUCUUCUUGACUAGAUCUCAUCAUCGUUUUCUCUUUGCAUACCCAUUGUCUACAUUUUCUCUACAUUUGCCCACUAUACCCAUCACUCCUUAUUCCUAUAUUUACUAUAUUUUGCGUAUUAAUUCUAAAUUCUGCCCGACUUAGUUACACCUAGCAUCCAUCUUAACAUUGUCAUUUUCGCAACUUUCAUUUUUAUCUGGAGCAUUUUUCAAUUACUCGUGUCACUCCCUUCCACUUCAUUUAGCCACUUUUCCUCCGUUAUCUCAAACCAUUGAACCUAAAUAUUUGAAUACAGCUUUUCGUUGUCAAAAAUAAAAAAAAUAAAAAAAAUAAUAGUUUAUAAUGAUAUAAUAACGUAUUUAAUUUUGCAGACUAAUGGAAGACGGUAAAGCGUGCGAGGACAUAGACGAAUGUAUGGAAAUGCCAGGAUCGUGUUCGCAAUAUUGUCUGAAUACUCCGGGGUCAUUUUACUGUAAAUGUGACGAAACUUACUACGAUCGUUCCUCCGACGAACGAUCGUGCAAACGACGUGAUAGAAAUAAACCGUGGUUAAUUUUCACAAAUAAGUAUUACGUGCGUAACAUGUCUCUGGACGCAAGCGAGUACUCGCUCAAUCAUCAAGAUCUGUUGAACGUAGUGGCGUUAGAUUUCGAUUAUUCGGAAGAAAAAUUGUAUUUCUGCGAUGUCAGCGCAAAGACUAUAUACAGGACAAAAGUGGGCAGUACAGAUCGCGAGAAAAUUAUCAGACACGACAGUCACGGACUCGAAGGCAUCGCUGUGGAUUGGGUCGGUCGGAAACUAUACUGGUUGGACCGACACAGUAAACAUUUAGAAGUGGCCGAGCUGAACGGUACCAAUAGAAGAACUCUAAAGGCUGGUAUACAAGACCCCAGGGCGAUAGCAGUGCACCCGGGAACCGGUUAUUUGUAUUUCACCAGUUGGCAUCUUCAGGUACGCAAAAAAAAAAAAACAAAAAUUUAUUACAGAACUAAUCAUAAUGGUUAUUUUAAGACGUUUCCGUGGUUUAAAAUUAAAUAUUGAUUUAUAUUUUAGGCCUAUAUCGGUAAAAUCGGAAUGGACGGUACUAAUUUCACGCAGAUAUUGACACAUGAAAACGACAUUGCUUGGCCGAACGCUUUGACCAUUGAUUACUUUACCGAACGUAUUUAUUGGGCCGACGCUCAUUUGGACUACAUUGCUUCAGCGGAUUUGGAGGGCAGACACAAACAUAUCGUACUGUCUGGAGACAGCGUGCCCCACGUGUUUGCACUCACGUUGUUCGACGACGAGUUAUUCUGGACCGAUUGGAAUUUAAAAGCGAUCGUAAAAUCUAAUAAAUUCACAGGUAAACUAUACUUUAAUCAAAUCAAAUAUUGUACUGAAAUAAAUACAAUGUAGCUUUUAUUAAUUAAUUUUCUUUUUCUAUAUAUUUGUAUAUAUAAUACAGGACAUAAUUAUAAAGUGCUCAGAAACACCACUCAUCGUCCGUAUGAUUUACAUGUUUACCACAAUUUAAGGCAAAUACCGUUCGCUAAUCCGUGCGCCGAAGACAACGGUGGAUGUUCUCAUCUAUGUUUGUUGAAACCCGUGCCCGGUGUAGACCCAGCCCCCGACGGUUACUCGGAUACCAAGAGUCCGGUAUCGUUUACUUGUGCUUGUCCCAAUCAAUUUUAUUUGGACCCACGCGACAAUAAAACUUGCAUAGCGAACUGUACCGCAGGACAGCACGAGUGCAAAGACAACGAUCAAAAAUGUAUCCCGUGGUUUUGGAAGUACGUGACAUACGAUUCAUAAUAAUUUGUAAUCAAUCGCGACGAAAAAUAUUAUUUUUAAUCUGUGAUUAUUUUAGAUGUGACGGUGAAAGGGACUGUGCCGACGGAACGGACGAAAUACCGAAUCAAUGCCCGACGAGAUAUUGCCGUGGCGGAGCGUUCCAAUGUGAAAACCGUAAUUGUACGCCGUCGGCUACGAUUUGCGACGGUGUCGACGAUUGUGGAGAUAAUUCGGAUGAAGCUAAUUGUACGUUACCCUGCCCGAGCAUAGAAUUCAAAUGUCGUUCGAAUGGACGGUGUAUAUUGGACUCGUGGAAAUGCGACGGUGAACCCGAUUGCAAAGACGGAAGUGACGAAGACCCUAGCAUAUGCCGUAAGUAGUAUAUUUUUUUUCUAAAAUGUAUAUUCAAUGUGUAAACGUUAGUUUGAUUUUUAAUUACACCUUUAUUAUCAUAGAUAAUAGACCGUGUGAUCCGAAAUCCGAAUUUUCUUGCAAGAACGGUCGUUGUAUACCGAAAUUAUGGGUUUGCGAUUUCGAUAACGAUUGCGGCGACGAUUCGGACGAACCCGCUUACAUGUGCAGACAACGCAAUUGCACUACCGGUUGGCAAAGGUGUCCAGGAAGAACGAAUUACCGGUGUAUACCAAAAUGGUUGUUCUGCGACGGCAAAGACGAUUGUCGCGACGGUUCGGACGAGUUGCCCGAAAACUGUCCAAAAUGCCAUUCGUCUUCCGACUUCCAGUGCAAGAAUAACAGGUGUAUACCGAAAAGAUGGCUUUGCGAUUUCGAAAACGAUUGCGGCGACAACUCCGAUGAGUCCGAGGACUUGUGUAAAGGAUUAUACCGACCAUGUUCGGAAUCCGAAUUCCAGUGUGCCAACGGAAAGUGCAUACCGGGUCAAUGGAGAUGCGAUCACGACGACGACUGCGGAGACAAUUCGGACGAAAUCAACUGCGGUGAAUUCCAUUGUAAAAACGGCACUUUCAAGUGUAAUAGCGGCCAUUGCAUCGCGCAAUAUUUCCGCUGUGACGGCGACAGGGACUGCAGAGAUUUCAGUGACGAAAUCGGCUGUUCUCCUAGGUACCCCGAAGGCCGGUUUUGUCCAAAGUCCAAAUUCGAGUGCAAAACCACUAAGUUGUGUAUAUUCAACUCGGAAAUUUGUGAUGGCGAAGACGAUUGUGGUGAUGGCUCCGACGAAGUGCCCGAACUUUGCUGUAAGUAGAAAUUAUUUCGCUUUUAUUUAUUUGACGAUAUUCACUUCGAUAUCUCUUUAUGAAUAGUUUCUCUGGUGUAUUUUACAAAAAAAAAAAAGGAUUAUUUUACUAUUUUAUAAUAAUUAUUUUGUGCAGCCAAUAUGAGUUGCAAACUCGAUAACAGAUUUUCGUGCGAAAACAAACACUGCAUUCCGAUGUAUCAACGUUGUGACGGUGUGGACAAUUGCGGAGACGGCUCUGACGAAAACGACCUGAGCGUUUGCGGUAUAAUGCAUAACAUUAGACAGUGUGAUCAUUACACCGAAUUCACUUGCGCCAAUCGCGAAUGCGUAAACAAAUCUAAGUUGUGUAAUCUCCAAUAUGACUGCGAAGAUCUUUCGGACGAAAAAGGAUGCCGUAAGAUGAGAAAAUAUUAUUCGAUUAUAGCCGUAGAUUUCUUUUAAAUACUAUACCCAAACGAUCUUGUUUUGUUUUUAGACUAUACCGGCACGUGUUUGGAAUCUAACAAGGGAGGUUGCGAACAUUACUGUUUGAACGUGACGUCGGGUAAAGGAUACAGUUGUGCUUGUUACAACGGAUACGAAAUCAACGCCGAUAAUAGCAAAAAGUGUGAAGGUAAAAUUAGAAAAAAUAAAAAAUAACGCAAGAGUUUUAUUUUUCAAUACACUGCAAUGUCUUUUAAUAUUUAUAGAUUUGGACGAAUGCAAGUUAGGACUCCAUCACUGUUCUCAGGACUGUACCAAUAUAAACGGUUCGUACAUUUGUUCUUGUCGCGACGGUUUCGUAUUGAGCGACUUGUUUAGUGGAGUUUGCAAAGCGAUAGAUCCGUCAUUGACCAUUGUGUACACUAACGGUCCGGAAUUACGGGCGUACGACGCGCCCGAGAGGAAACACUUGUCGAUUCUAAGCAACGAAAAACGUAUAAAUGCUAUUGAUUACGAUCCAAAAUCCGAGAUAAUUUAUUGGGCCGAUACCUACGACCAUUCAAUAAAACGUUCAUACAUGGUGGAAGCUAAAGGCGGACAGGUCAAAGUGGGAUACCCACAAGAUUUGAAAAUUAGUGGGCCGUUUAAACCGGUCGCCGUCGCCAUAGAUUGGAUGGGCGAUAAUCUUUAUUGGGCAGCAGUAAACGUGUCGAAAGAGGGAAAAUCCACGGGUCGAAUAAUGGUCGCCAAACAAGACGGACGGUACAGACGAUCGAUUAUCAGUACCGGUAAAUAAACGAAAAAAAAAACCCGUCGACGAUUAAUAUAGUAAGGCGCACCUUAUUAUUACCUAAUUAUUAUUUGUUUUAGAUCUGGAGAAUCCUUCUUCCAUAGUUUUGGAUCCUGAAAUGGGUAAAAUGUUCUGGGCCGAUGUCGGUGAAAAUCCGAAAAUCGAAAUGUCUUGGAUGGACGGUUCUAGGCGAACGUCAUUGGUUACUACUAGGCUUCAUCACCCUACGGGACUAACAAUAGACACGGCUAUGGACCACGCCCUGUAUUGGGUGGACACCAAGCUCAAUGUUAUUGAAUCCAUCAAGUACGAUCAAAGGAAUCGAAACGUCGUGAUACGUGGAGGUGAGUGUUGUAAUACAAUUUUUUUUUUUUUAAUACUUUGAAUUCUGAGUGUAGCAAAGAAGCGAUUAGUUUUAUUAAAAUGUGUUUUUUUUUUUUUUCGGAAAACACUUUUACGAUUAGUAAAAAUGCUCCAAAUGUUCAACGAUAGUUUAUUCUAAAAAUGUUUCGAAUUUCCCUAUAAAAUUCCCCCGUUUGUUUAAAAUUCAUAUAAAUCCGGAAUACUACUGCUACUAUAACAAUUUAUUUUCCAUUAAUAGAAAUAUAAUACAUUUUUGGUUUUAUAAAAACGCCAAAGCUUGUUCUAUACAAGGUUCAUUAUUGAUUGUUCUCAGUGAUAAAAAAAAUCAAGCAUUUUAAGUUAAAAUAUAUUGUACAAUUCUUUUAAAACAUAAACAACUUUGCAUUUGUUGUAUAGUUACAAAUAAUAGGUAAUACAGUUUUCAAUUUAUAUUAUUUAACAAAAAAAAUAUUUAACCAAACUCCGCUCAGAAUCGCUUUUCGUUUACAACGAUUUAUUGAUGUAUUGCAGAACGAUUACAUCAUCCCGUUUCGUUGGACCUGUUUGAAAACCAAUUGUACUGGUUGUCUAGAGAAACCGGUGAGUUAAUAAAGCAAGACAAAUACGGUCGCGGCGUUCCGGUCACCAUCGCAAAGGACCUGGUAAAUCCGUCCGGCGUCAAGGGUGAGUUACUGGUGGAAACAAUAUCCUUUACGUUAAUCGUACAGUAACAAUAUUAUUACAAUUUUUUUUUUUUUUUUUUAUUCGUUAUCUAUUAGUUUACCAUGUACAGAGGUACAAUUUCACCAUAAAGAACAUGUGUGAAACGGCCGGAUGCUCUCAUCUUUGUCUACUGGUACCAGGAGGUGUGUAUUGUGCAUGCCCGGAUAUGACUCACGUCCAACAAGGCGUAAGCGAAAAAAUUUGUGAUGCAGGUAAAUAACAUAUCGCCGUAAGCGCGUAAUUCGAUCUUACGUUGGUUUUUUUUUUUCAAAUCAUUAGCCGAAGAACCCCCGAUACCAGAACCGCGAAUUUGCCCUUGCCAAAACGGAGGCGUUUGCGUAGAAGAUGUCAUCGGCUCGGAACUUAACUGUUUGUGCCAAGCAGACUUUACCGGUCGUGUAUGCGACAUCCAUUCCACGCACACCAGGCGAACGAGUCUUUUUAGUUCUAUGCUCGUUAUUCCGAUGACCGGAUUACUGCUAUUGUUGGUCGCCGGAGCUAUUUUCCUUUUCAUCAACAAGCGGCCUUUGUGCGUAUAAACAAUUUUUUUUUUUUUUUAGUGGGAGAGAAGUUAAAUCUUCAAAAAAAGAUUACGUAUUUGCACAGGGUUUAUUUUUAUAAAUUAUUUAUUGCAGUGGAAAAGGGGCGGUACUCAGUGGCUUGACGAACUCGCAGAGUGUAUCGUUCAGACAAGGGACGAACGUGGAAUUUGGCACGAACGCGUUUAACAACGGCCCGGGACGAGGGGUAAGUGAAAAAGAAUAUACAAAAACAAAAAAAUCCUAGUAUUUGUAAUACGAGUUAUAUGGUGAUUUUACGACGGUAUUAAUGAUGUUUUACAGGAACCGUUGGACGUGGAAUACAACAUGACGGACAUAAGCGGCAAGAACCGGGACUUUAGCAAUCCUAUGUACGACGCCCUCGGCAAUAUGGAAUCGGACGCGGGCAGCGGAAUCUACGAGGUGCCCUUGGACGUUACCAAAACCAAGGGUGUGGUACAAGAGCCUGCGUCCGCCAUACUAGCGCCGUCCAGCGUCAUACAAAAAGCGUCGCCUCAGAUACAGAGAAGGCAUAGGGAAUUGGAACCGGCUUCCACGGACACGGGCAAAGACACCCAGAUGUUAGUCGAAGAGACCGACGACUGA